ACUGUGAAUAUUCUCCCUUUACAAAUGGCGUCGAUGAACGAAAAGGAAAGUUCAGAAGUCACGAAGCUAAAGUAAUUUAUGUCUUAAACUUAAAGGUUCAAAGAGAAAACUGGCAUAGUAGAAUCACAUAUUAUAUGAUUAUAAGUACCGGUAUAUGUUGAUAUAAACGAGUAAGUUGUUUUAACAUAUUCUGGGAUGAUCUUUACCGAUACCGUAUAUAAGUAUAAGAGUAUAUAAUAAGUAUAAGACUUGUGACAAUUUCGGCAAUGGGCAUGUUAACCCUCUUGGAGACGGAGCCUUUUCGGGGUUAUGUGCCAAAAAGACGGAGUACUUUUUACGAGCUCGACACUCGCAUUGUAAAAAAAAUUAUAAAAAUAAACUAUUCCCUUAAUAUAUGUAAAACUAUAUAUAUUAUUGUAGGAAAUUGAAUGAACUAAUACUAAUACAAUCUUUAUGAAUCAAACUGAAAUAUCAAAAUUUAUGCAAAUGAGCUACGGAACCCAUAUUUGCAUAAUUUAUGCAUGUAAUUUUUUGUUACACCUAGAAUAAACAUGACUUACUUGUAUCAAUUGUGUGAAUUUUUUAUGGAUGAAGCCUAAAUAAGUCCUAAUACUAUAUUUUUGGGGAAAAAAGGCCCAUGGAGGCCCUUCAGACACCUCUGGCACAUGGUUUUUACCCCUUUUCCACCCCCACCCCCUAUUUUUCAGUUGUUACAGUUACAGACACUGUAACAGGCCCCCAUUUAUGACAUAGGGACCUUCUCUUAAGCCUUAAGCUGGAUGUUACUGAGAAAGUUGUCUGCAUAUCUGUUGGUCUCUGAUAAAUAUUUGAGUGAUAUUUAGUGUAAAAAAUAGCCUAAAAAUUCAGAGGAGUCAUCUCUGUUCAUUUGAGGACCCCUAACUAGUAAUACUAAACCAGAAGUUCACAACAUUAGCAUUACCCUCAAUUUGAAAGUCUUUAUUUGGUUGUUUUCAUCAUUUUCAGUGUCAGAUUCACUGCAAGAAUAUAAAAAUCACUAAGCACAGUUUGAUCAGAGUCACUGUCAGACUCAGACAUGUUGAAUUUCACGAUGUAACUAUACACACACAAAAAAUUCCUGCACACUAAUAUAUUGAGUUCACCUUCAACGAACAUCACCAUUACAAUGCCGGGACGUGCAGGAAUACGUAAGAAUAAUUUUGAUUCGCAGGUACAACACAAUGCCAGCCAAUCGUGAGGCUCGAUUUAUCGGGCCAAUAGUUCCGACUUACGUCUUUCUCAUAAGUCAACCUUGGGCCGAUAGAUCGGCCCUUACGUCUCCAGGAAAUUUUAAAAAUCGUUUUGUGACAUGGAUAUUUGUGAUUGCAUAGUUAGAGUGAGCACUUGUAUACUUUAUCAAUGAGGUACUCUUUUGGAAAAAAAAUCCUGAUGCUAGUUUGGGCUACCCUAGUUUGGAAUAUUUAAAUUAUAUUUCUUUUAGUUAUAGUAUAGCUGUAUUGUAUAGCUUGUUUCAUUUAUCAUUUAAUUCAUUUAUUUAUGCCUGGACUAACCAGUUUAAAUAUUAUCUACCACUUUAGUGUCAGAAACAAUCCUGUUGUUUGAAGUGCUAUUUAAACAAUUUUUAAAAAAACAACUUGAGUGUAAAAUAAAACCAUUUUUUAAAACAUGCAAAUCUAAUUAAUUGAACGAAAAACUUCAAAAAUCGAACUAAAAUAUACAGCUCUACAUUACUAAUAUUAAUGUCAUUACCUGACUGAAUGCCCAGCCAGUAUCCCUAAUUGAAACUCAAGUUGACCCCUAAAUCUAGCCCCCCCCCCCCCCAAAAAAAAAAAAAAAAAAAAAAAAAAAAAACUUGACAGUAAAUCUUCUAACCUAAAAUCUAUGACAAUAGACAAGCCAUGGACCCUAAAACCAUGUGUUUGUGUGCUACAAUUACACUGUAUCGAGAAAAUUUUAAAUUUGAAUAAAAAAGAUUAAAAUUACUUUUAUUUAAAAGUUUCAAUAUAAUGAAAACCCAACUCAUUAAAUUGUCAGAUUGCCAUGAAUGAUGCAUCAUUUUAAAGGGCUGGUUAUAAGCUUUAUAACAACAUCAAUUUCAUCUUUCUAUCUUUUAUAGAACUGGAGUCAUGAUUAUUUUUGUUGAAUUUUUAUGCCCCUUAUUAAGUAUAAGCUGUAUAUUCGACCCAAAAAACUUGCGUCCCACAUUUGAAUUUGUUUGACUAAUUUGACCCAUAACUUUUUUAUUUUUAAAAAUAAUGGUACCAAAUUUUCAGUAGAUAUUCUCACUGCAAUAGUCUAUACAAAACAAUGAACAACAAAAGUUUCACAUUAUAUAAUAACUAUUUAUUUUGAAAAAUUUUGUAAGUUACAGUUUCAUGUAAUACACUUUUACACACUUUAUUACAGGUUAUACCACAAAUAAAAUCUAAAAGAUUUAGGAAAAAUCUAAAUCCAGUUUUACAAAUGAUCAGAUGGCAAAAUAGUCUUGUUUUGAAAUAAUAUAAUGCCUUGUAGUUGUACUGGUAUUGAAAUAUUAUAAUUAACCACCCACCCUAAUGAAAGAUUAAUUUAAAAAGGCCAUCAAGCAAAAACAUUCCAUCAGUGUAUAAAAAAAGAGAAUAGUUAACUUAAGUACUAAUCCACGACUAAGCAAAGGGGGAGAGAAUCCCACACAGAAACUCAGUGUGGCGCGGAAAGCGUAAAUUGACUGAAACGUAUCCAUCCAUCCCUGUGGCGCUACAGCCAAUGUAGGGCUUUGGCCUGCCUCACCACUCCCUUCCACUCAUACCUAACUAAUGCCUUUCUUUACCAUGCUUGGACUUUCAGUUGCUGUAGAUCUUUUUCUACAUCAUCUAUCCACCUAAGCCUAGGUCUGCUUUUGAGCCUUUUUCCUCUGGGGUAUUGGUGAUGCACCCUCUUCGUUCCUCUGUCAUUUGGCAUUCUCUCUAGGUGUCCUGCCCAGCGUAGCCUGCCUCUUUUUAUUUCUGCCACUAUCGUGAAAAGUAUAAUUUAUAAUAAUAGGCAUAUUGAUAAGUUAAUUCCCCCAGGGCUCUGGUUGGAAGUCUGUAGUGGCUUCCACGACCCCCGCCCCCCCCCCCCCCCCCCAUUUGAUAAGUUAAUUCCCCCGGGGCUCUGGUUGGAAGUCUGUGGUGGCUUCCCCGCCCCCCCCCCCCCGGCGUUAACUGGAGAACAAAACCACCAUUUCGUGGGCAGUCAAAGGCCAUGCAUAAUAUCUGCAGUUAAUGGUAGCAUCUACAGGGCUACCAACUGUGGAAAUUCUGCAGUUGGAAAUAAAAGGGUAGGGAUCAUGAUUACAUAUUGCCGUUAAUGAAUAUGAGGCAUGGUGUAGGUAGUGGCAACCCCAUGCUGAUCAUUAUAUUUACACAGCAUUGAAGAAACUGUUCCUAGGCAACCGUUUCUUCCCAGCUGGUUUGUUAAUUAGUUGCGAGGUAGAAACCCACUGUAGAAAUUUAUAUUGGUUUAGAGCAGGGGUCGGGAACCUAUGGCUUGCAAGCCAGAUGUGGCUCUAUUGAUGGCUGCAUCUGGCUCGCAGACAAAUGUUCGAUUAAAAAAAAAACCGCAUUAAUGGUAAGAAAUAAUCAUUAUUGAUUAGCAACAGCAUAACAAUGUUAUUAAAAAGAAUUCAGAGAAAUAAUUAUUGCAUUUUUAGUGUUGAAAUUACGCAAAAUGCACACAUUUACUUGAAUUUUUAGUUUUAAACAUAAUGUAUGGCUCUCGCAGAAUUACUCUUCAAAAUAUGUGGUGUCAAAGCUCUCUGAGACGAAAAGGUUCCCGACCCCUGGUUUAGAGGGUGUUUGACGUUACUCCGGGAUGGGACGGGGAAGAUUUUAGGAUGUAAAUAUACUAACCCGACCCCCUGGGAAAGUCAACUGCUGAUGCUGUAAGAGCAGCUUCACCAGCCGACCAGAUGUCCUUGGACUGGGGUGGCCUCCCCUGGUACCUGAUUGAUUGGGUGCUGGCGGGGGCUGUCCUGAAUAAUGGAGAUCUCCAACGUGUCGCUUCACAGCCAGACACUCAGGCUUUGGGGAGGCAUAAAGAGCUUUGGCUCGACAGCCCGCUGACACCAUUUCCUAAUGUAAUAUAUAUAAACUAAGUUAACAUUUUAUGGCAGCUGCAAUAAGCUGUGCAAAUCAUAUCUAAUAUAAUUUGUUUAGCGUUUAUUAAUUUAUUUGCAAAAAUAAACAAAAUGUUUUUUAAAAUUUUAACUAUUCAUCAUUUACACGCUCGUGCAAAAUGAUGGAAAUGAGAUUAUUUAGUCAUAGGGUGAUUUAAAUUUAAAAAGAUAUUAUUAUUUCAAUAUCAAUAACUGCAGACUUUAUAUCUACAGUCCGCGAGGGAGAUAGUUCCUAGAAACCGUUUUAUCCUAACAACCAAGAAAACUAUUUGCCAUAAUCACCAUAAAAACCCUGUUAGAGGGCUAUUAACUUAGACUCAGGGCAGAAAUGGAUGGUAGCCUAGGUUGUUAAUUACCGGUACCAUCCCAAUUGAUGGGCUUUUGGGGCAAUAUUGGUACCUUGGUAGCUCUGAUGACUGGCUUGGUGCCCUUCCUGUGUAAUUGCCCAAACUGGUUGGUGGGAACCUUAAAAAACAGGCAGGCCUUUCAUUCUUGCAUUCCACUUCACAGUCCGUUACUAGUGGUGGUGGGGGUAGAUUCUUGGGAAGAUACGUGAGGAAGGGGCUUAUCUAAAGAAGUUAAUUUUUUGCUGACCAAAUUUUCUAAGCAAAAGGAUUAUAGAAUAAAUAUUAACAUAAUUUUUUUUUAAAUCAACAUAGCUACCGUAACGAUUUCUCAUUUUAAUACCCAAAUUAUAAUGAAUUAAUUCAAUGAAAUUAUUUUAUUUAUUCCUGCAGAUGAAAUAUAAUCAUGUCUGAAAAGAAGGAUGACCAGGCAACUGAAUUUACUGGAUGUUAUUGGUAUUUAUUUCUAAUAUUAUUGUUUUUUAUAACAUACAUUGCCCAUUUUUAAUAUAUAUCAGCCAUACACAUUAACACACAUUUUGAAAUGGAAAUAUUCAAUUGGAUACAGUUAAUAAUUUAAUUAACAAAACAGUAGAGCCUUGAUUUUCCAUACACUGAAUAUUCAAAACAUUGGGUCUCUUAACAGUCUAUGUCUUUUCAUUAUUAUUUGCAAUGAGCAUGGCAUGGAAACUUGGCAUAUGCUGGUAAAAAAUUCCAACCCUGUUGCACAAUCAAUAUAAAAUCUAGAUACGUUCUGUACACGCAGUAAUCAGAUAUGAUAAUGCAAACAAAGCACCAGUCUUCUAUUUUUGGACAACCUCUUAUAGCAAAAAUAAAAACCCAAACAGUCCUCAUUGUUUUUUCAUCAAUCAGCUGACACUUAUACAUCUUGCGUUAUUGAAAAUAUAGUGUAUAUUAAAGCAGUGUUUCGCAAUGUGGGCCAUAUGGCCCCCUAUGGGAUCACAGCAUAUUUAUUAUGAGGCCUCGAAAACUUUAAAGUACUUUUUGCAUACAUGCCAACAUGUAUAGUAUAGCGAUACUUUGUACAGUUUGUUACAUUUUCCAAGUUUGUACAGCUGUACAGGACUUUGUUCGGCUGCAAUAAAGCACCAUGGUGUUUGAGGUAGAAUAUGCUGUAUUCCAAACACUAUCUUCUUUAGUGCAACAUUUCCGAAAAUUUGCUAUCUGACACACCUGAGUCCCAAUUUGUUUAGAAAAUUGACACUCUACUAUAUAAAUAUAUUAGCUUUUAGUAUUACUUUGUCUCUAUAUGUUUUAGAAACUGAUCUUAAGUUUAAGCAUGAAUUUAAUAUGGUAUGUAUAAAAAUAUAAUAAUCUUUAAUGAAAAUCCUUCCACAGUGGUGAAAAACGCAAGUUGGGAACUCCAGAAUUCCAGUGUGCAUCAUGUGGAACUUGGUUUCAUAAUACAUGUGUUAAUAUCCAAACAGGGUAAAUAAAAAAUGCCUUUUUAUCUACACAUAAGAAAAAAAUGUUUCAAAUGAGAAGAAGUACAUUAUUUUUAUAACUAUGUGCUGCUUUAUGGGCAACUAUGAGGCACGACAACAUCAACACAAACCUAACCAGAAUGAUAUGCAGCCUCUAUGAUAAGGCAACCAGUGCAGUCAUCUUCAACGAUAACAUCAGAGAAUGGUUCAAGACCACGGUUCGAGUACGACAAGGCUGCUUGCUCUCCCCCACCCUGUUCAACAUCUUCCUAGUGAGAAUUAUGUCAGAUGCACUGGAAGCGCAUGUAGGGACAGUCAGCAUUGGUGGCAGAACAAUCACCAACCUACGUUUUGCGGAUGACAUAGAUGGAAAUGAAAAAGAGCUAGCCAACCCAGUAAAGCGUCUUCACAAGACUUCAACGUUCUUUGGCAUGAAAAUCAGUGCAGAAAAGCCAAAUUGAAAACCACUGGCAUCUCCACUGAAAUUGAGUUUGGGGGAAAAAAAUUAGAGUCAGUAGGCAGCUUCAAGUACCUAGCAGCAAUAGUCUCGGAAGAAGGCUCCAAGCCCAAAUUGAUGUCCAUGAUUGCUCAGACCACAACAGCACUAAAGAGGCUUAAGAAAAUAUGGAAUGACAAAAUUAUAGCCCCCAUCACCAAAAUCAGGCUGAUGCGCUCAUUAGUCCUCUCCAUUUUCUUGUAUGGCUGUGAGUUCUGGACAUUAACAGUAGAACUUGAAAGAAAAAUAAAGGCGACGGAGAUGAGAUGUUUCAGAAGCAUUUUUGUAAUCUGCUAUAGAGACCUAAUAUCUAAUGAACAAUUGAAAGAAAGGAUUUGUCAAGCAAUUGGGCAGUAUGAUGACCUCCUGAUGACUGUAAAAAAGUGCAAACUGAAAUGGUAUGGCCACAUGACAAGAAAACAAGGGCUCGCCAAAAAAAAUCAUACGGGCACAACAAGAGGAAGAAGACAGAGAAAAAUAUGGGAAGAUAACAUCGAAUAGUGGACAGGACUAAAAGUAAAACUAGGCGAUGCUGUGCGAAGUGCAGAAAACAUAAAGGAAUUUAGAAGAAUAGUUUUCAUGUCAUCUGUGGCACCCCAAUGGUCCAAGGACUAAGGGACAUGAUGAUGAUAAUGUUGGCAUUACCAAUUGAAUUCAAAGAUUUACAUAUGGCACAACAGAUAUCUGUUAAUUUUUUUAAUAAAUGUAAAAGCUUACAUUUUCAGAAAUUUGAAAUCCCCCAUCUUACAGUUUUACAGUCGCAUAGUAAAGUAUUUUAAGAUACUUUUUAAAAUGUUAGUGAAUCAAGGUUUAUCAACCAUCAGUAAAAUAACUGACAAUCGCUAAAAAUAUAUCAUCAAUGGAAAAUGUCUGUAAGGACUUGAAUAUGUCUGGAAAAAAAUGUAAACAAAACUUUUCAACUAAAACAGAUCAGGAAACCUCAGCUUUUGUGAUUUCUUCUUGCUCACUUUAAAGUUUCAUAGUCAUGUAGGAAUAAAAUAUUAUUUACUCACAAAAAAAAUUUGAGUUGGAAACCCUGUAUGAAUCUCGCACAACAAUGCCCUCUCUGUAGCCUUUACCGUUAAAUGAAAAAUAACUGAAAAUAUUACAAAUUUUGACAUUAAACCCUCGUCUUUGCUAUUAAACCCACUUCUAAUUCAUGUUUAUAGACCUGCUGAUCUUUAAUCGUUUCAUAAUUUUCAACAGGAAAUGUCUUCCCUUCAUGAUAAGUUACCAAUUUCUUUGCAAAAAAUGCAGUGGGAUAGGGCAUGAGACUUUUCAAAAAAGACAAGCAAGUAAGUAUCAUUGGGGCUCAUUAAUGAUAAAUUUGGCUUCUUGCAAAAUGCAAAAUUUUAAUUGUUCCGUAUCAAAUUUUUUAAAAAUAAUUGAGUUAAUUUAUUUUUGCACCAAGUAGACUUUAUGGAAUUGUAUCAUUGCUUUUGGAAUGACACUAGCAUUACUUGUGAGAUAAUUAUUAAUUAUUUUUAAUAUAUAUGUUUCUGAGCAGUUUAACCGAAAACAAGGCUUUGCAGAGGAUAUUUGGGCAUGAGCAAAUCUAAAGUUUGGGCUCGACAAACUUCAAAAUAAUUGUUUUAAAAAAUUCCGCCCUUGGGUGGGCCCACAGUGAUUUAUUCUGUAGCCUUUGCAUGGCCUUGAAGUGGAAAGUAAUUAAAUAAAGUAAUUUAAAUUUUAUUUACACAUAGUCAUUUGUUCAAAAUUUUCUUUAAUAAUUAUAAUAAUGAAGACUUCUAUACAGCAUUUAUACAGAUCUGUCAGAUGACAUUAGCAAAUUUGCUGCACAAUGCAAGGGCAGAGGGGAAUUCAAAGUCAAUGUUUUCAAAAGACAGGGUACAAAAAUUAUUUUUUUGUUGUGAUUACAGUUAGUUAUAAUUAAAUGACUUAAGAAAUUGAUAAUGGAAUAACACUAAAUUUGGAGCAAAAUACACUGUAAAAGUUAAAAAAAAAUGACAAGUCAAAAAAAUAAAAGCAACACUAGUUUAACUGAAAUAUCUUGACAUGCAACUCAGUAUCUUGGAAAGUGAAUCUAAUCAUAAGUCAAUGUUUUAAUUACUAGUCUUAUGCCCAGUUAAAGUUAUAUAAAAACUAAGAUAGAUUCAUUUUUAUCAUAUUAGAAACAACCAGACACUGGAGUCCUUUAAAACCGAUCUAAAGACACAUCUAUUUCGCAAAUACCUUCUGGGAUGAUUGUCUACCUUAUUUUCCAUGUGUUGCUGUGUUGCUCCGGGUUGAAAUGGCUAGAAAGACUUUGAGAUUGUAUGCUUGUAAUUAGUUUUUGUAGUGUUGCGUUUGUUUUAAAUGUGGUAAAUUAUAGAUAUGUUUUUUGUUGACUUUGUACCGCGCUUCGAGGAUGAAGCGUGUUUUUGAAAUGAACUUUAUUAUUAUUAUUAUUAUUAUAUUAAAACUAAGUCACAUUGUCAUAAACACUUUUCAGGACAUUGUUCCUUACAUAGAAAAGAACUGGGAAAACCUCACAACCAUGCAGCGCCGUGUUAAGGUUACAUGGCACACAACAAUAUAUAAAACCAUGGUAACUUUUUACUUGUUUUCCGUUUUAAUUAUUGUUCAAAGGUAUUAUUUAGAAAGAAAAAAGAAAUAUGCUAUGUAUGUAGCAUAAUGUUUACAUAAUAAUUAUGUUCUUGUAAAGUUAUUACUUUUAAUAUUUGUCUUUUGUUUAAGUAAAUUGCUCUGAGUAAUGGGGAUUUGAAUUUCUAUGAUUUAUUUUGAUCAUAAAAAAAAAAUAAUAUGUUUACAAAUACAGAUGAAGGAGACCGAUGUUUUCACCUAUAAGGAAGAUAUUCCAGGUGACUCAUAUUUUGGUCUGACCAAUCAGGUAUAUUUUUUUUCCUUUCCAUUUUGUUUUAGACAAAAAAUAAAAAUGUAAAUAUUUGGAAUGAACAGUGCUCAGGUAUUUUUUUUUUUAAUUAAAAAAAAAUAAAAAAAUUUGAUGCACAAUCUUUAGUCCUCUUCCAUGCACACUCUUGUUAGUAAGAGGGUUAGCUAGAAGACAUCGUCAUGAAGAAAAAAGUUGGCAGAAAACCCAAGAAGACAGUGGUAAUUGUAAUAUAAAUUUAUUUGUUAAAUUGCACUUUUAUAGAGCCUUAUAAAGUAUUCAGUUUAGUUUGUUGCAAAUAUGUAUAAUCUACAUUUAAAUGAAUUAUUAUAAGCUAAAUAAAGAAUUUUUUAGCUUGGCUCCUUCAUGAAAAAAUGUGUGAUUUGUUUACAUUUUUGAAAAGAGCUUUAUUUAAUUGUUAAAAUAUAAAAGCUUGGUUACAUAAUUAAAAAUGGACACCUCAUCUAAACAGCAUGAUAUACCACACAAUAACUUGGUAUUCACCUUAGCUGUUCCAAAAUAAAAAAAAAUGAAAGCCAUAUUAUUGUUUCUGUGUGCAUUCUCACAUUAUCAACCAAAUUUGCUCUUUAUGCACUUUUAUUUAAUGAUACAUGUUUUUAUGAGGUAGUGCUUUUUAGUGGAUUGAUGACAUACGUUUGAUUCAUAGAAAUUUUGAGAUUUAGGCAUUGAUCUAGUUCAUGGCUCCUUUCUCUGUUAAAAAUAAAGGAAAAAAAAUGUGCUUUUUUAAAAACCCAAAAUGUCUUUUGGACAUGAUAGGCGUCUCCAUAAUCAUGAAAAAUAAAAUGAUAGGCACUGAAUCCACACAUCCACACAUGAUAAAAGCAAACCUUGUUUUCAUGGUAUGCAUAAAAGUAUAACUAUGCUGCAUAAGAUGUAUAAAUACACAAAAUCCACCCCUUAUUUAAUUUACCCAAAUAUUUUCUACAUUUUAAUAUAAGAAGUUUUAUGAGGUCAAUAUAAAGUUAUCAUGUUAUAUUUACUUUAUAAUGUUAUUCCCUUUUACUCAGGACUUGUCGAAAGUAGGCCCUGUCUCAGAUGCAGCAAGAGUCAAUGCCCAGCCCUCAUCAAGCCUUAAGGCACCAUCAAUGCCGUUAGAGUCUGGACCAGGUCAGAAUUUAUUUAAUAGUCUCAUUCUUGCUAAACCCAUUUACAUAUGCAUUUUUUUUUUGUUAAAAAAGAUGAUCUUUUAUUAAAGACUUUCUCUCUACUGGCAUGUCCAUCUUGUGUGUGGAUGGAGCGUUAGUUUUUGUUUACGCACGUGAUAUUUAAAGAUUUCUCGAGCAGUGUUCACCUGGUGAAUGGCUGGAAAAUGAGUCAACAGACUUUCUAUCAAAGACAAGUAGUAAUUUUAAAAAAAUUUAAUAAUUAAAUGCUGUUAUUUCAGACCUGCUUACUUUUAUGAUUUUGGCGCAUAACCUAUGAUUUUGAGAUGUCUUUUAGGAUUGUACACCCAGACCUGAUAGAACUAUGAUUUUAUGGGAACCAGGUUAAAUAACAAAAUACCGGUGGAUUUUUUAAUAAAAAAUAAAAAAAAACCAUUUUCGGUUAAUUUUAGCUCCUUUCUAUUGCGGGCAGUAAAUAGAUAGAGAAAUACGAUUGGCUGGGGACCAUCCAUAAUUAUAUUAUGUAGCAGGAGGAAAUGGGGUGGUGUUAACUCGGAAGCGUACAUAUGUGCAUGGGAGGGUUAAUCGGGGUCUAAAUAUUUUUAAAGGCUAUGAUAUAACACCACUACUUUUCAUAGUAAUCGUCACAUUGUUGCUUUGUGUUUUCACAAUGAACUUGCUUGAUCCAACAAUGGUAAUAUUAAGUGUAUAUGCCCUAGUAACAAAUUUAGUAAAUGUUUGCUUUUGUGACAUAAUUAUUUCGUUCUUCUGUUGAAUGGCAGUGAUUGUGAAAAUGGAGAAAACUCUGAUUUAGAAAAAAAAUGCAUUUAAUUGCAACACACCAGCGCUAGUUUUUGACAUUUCAUAAGAAAUGGUGGGCGGCAUUCGAAACCUUUUUGCAGAAGUAACUUAGCAGCUGUACAAUACUCCAACCCUCCUCCUCCCUUGUCCUAAUUCAGCUUGCUAUAGUCAUUGGACUAAAUAUUUUAACUGAAAAAAAGCUUACUGCAGGGCUGGGCAAUUCGCGACCUGCCAUGUUAAAUGUUAUGACUUAUUGCUUCAUUCAAUUAUUUUCAUUUUUGUCAAAUGCACAUUUGAAAUAUUUAUGCAUCAUUUUUGUGAUGGUACAUGCCAUUUUGGUUUUCCUUUUUUAGACUGAUUUUAAAAAAGUAGAAUGAAAUAAGUAAUUUUCUACAAGUUUACGAUGAAGUGUAGAAUGAUGCCAAACUGUAUUCAGGUAUACACAAAAGUGCAUCCCUGCAUUCCUCAGCCUCCUCCCAUACUCUACCUCACUUUUGCUCAGGUGACCUCAGCGGCGUCCUCAAACCCUACAAUCUUCAUAAAUUAAAGUGGCAAAUGUCGGGCAUCUUUUUAUUUUCAGUAGAGUACUGUAUAUAAAUAUAUAAACAUCAGUCAACUAAUUUGAGAAGUGACCUUAAUUUGACAUGCGAUUGCACUGUAUGUUUAUUGAUUUACUAUUACAAUACGGUAUUGUACGAUUUUGAGAUGUUUAAGUACUAGUCUGACUAUAUUCUACUAAUUUGGGAGUUCCAGUGUAACCAGGUCUGUACAGGUACUAACUUGUAUGGAUCGAUUCUGCUGGGCUUUUACCCUCACAAUUUGAAUGUCAGCUUACAUGUCCUGUGUAUUACUGGUUAUCUUUUAAUUCACAGGGAAACGUACCAGUAAAAGGAAAGCACCAGUGGACAAUCAGCAAACAGCUGCCCUCAAGCAAAAGAAAAGGUGAUAGUGAACAUUUAUUUUAUUUAUUUAAUUAAUAUUCCCCAAAGAGGAUCUGGAACUAACGAAUUAAGUUACCAAAAAUAAUUAUAUUUUUAAUAAAAUAAAACUCCAUUGAUGAACUUUUCUUACAAAAUCUUCAAAAAGCAAAAUAAAAAACGCCCUGUAUUUCCUCUUUUUUCUAUAACAUCUUCAAAUUAUCCUUUUAGGCUCAAUAACACCUUCAAAUUAUUCUUUUAGGCUCAGAAUAUUUGACAUACUUCCUAAAGCAGCAUUAGCAUUAUUGUGAAAAAUUUAAAUUUUAGAUAUUUUCCUUGUGGAAGGAUAUUCAAAUUAAUGCUUUUAAACCCAUUAAAAUGCUUAAAUGGUCAAUUUCCUCCCUCCUCACAACCUUUUUUUUAACAAACUGGCAAUAAUUUUAGGCUGCUUUAGUUAAUUAACAGGUGACAAAAAAUUGUUGUUAAAUACCAUGUUUGUUAAAUAAAAGUAAAUCUUUUCGCAGUGACUCCACUACUUCACUGAAACUCCCAUCUCACGGAUACCCCUUGGAGCACCCUUUCAACAAGGAUGGCUACCGUUACAUUCUGGCUGAAUCAGAUCCUCAUGCCCCCAACAGACAAGCCUUUGAUGAAAGUGUGGAGUGGGCUGGGAAGCCGAUCCCUGGGUACCUGUAUAGAUGUAUGCUGGGGAAUGAAGUCCUGUUGGCACUACAUGACAGAGGUCAAAACUUUUCAUCAUUGAACUAAUUUUUUUUUGAAUUUGUAAUAACUUAUUCAGACCUGGUUAUUCGUACCAUUUUGCCAUUCAAUGAACUAUUUUGAAAUGUCUUUAACAAUUGUUCGCUGAGAGCUUUCUGAACUACUCUUUUUAAAAGAUUGGGUUGAAAAAAAAAUAUUUUCAUAAUUUUUCUGAUAAAAAAAUACAAUUUUUGGUUUUAGCUCUUCUCUUCAUCCAGUGGUGAGUGGACCCAGAAAUACGAUUGGCUCUGCAUCAUAGAAAAUAUUAUUGUUGUUUGUCUUCUGUAUGCGAAGAUGACCAAGGCAUUUUGAGAAGUAGCCUUGAGUAGCACAAUUCUUCAGUCUCAUUCUCUCAACAUUGUCUAUUUGAUCUAAUGCUUAGACUUGAUUAUGACAACUGGAAAUAGACCAGGAUGCAGUAGAUGACCAGGCGUGUUUUUUGUGUGUUUCACUGUGCUCUUUAUGUGUUGUACUUUUCAAGAGUUGUUGAAAUUUUCAUUGUGCCAAUGCCAUACUGCUUACGAAACUCCACCGGGUCUGAUUUAAUAGCUUUCCUUCUUUUAAAUGAGUUGCCAUCCAAGGCUUACAAGUCCAAUCAAGCAGGGUGCUGGUGUUGAUUUUGCUUGUCUAGGCUUUUGCUAACAAUUGAACUCAAGUGCAUAAGUUUGGGAUUGGCUCAGUUUGACCGUUCGGCCAGCCAACCCUCAAAAUAAUCUUACAUAUGCACUGAGUGGGAAAAGGGUGGUGGUGUGGUGUCUACAGGUUUGCAUGGGAGGGGUAGGGGGAAGUGUCUCAAUAUUUGUAAAGGCUGUAAAAUAACCCUGCCUUGUUUUAUAAUGAUGGUGAAGAUGGUCAUAUUGUUGCUUUGUGUUUUCAUAUUGAACUGGGUAGAUACAGCAACGGUAAUAUUUGUGUAGUCGCCCAAGUGACACAUUUAGUUGACAUUUGAUUUUGUUAGCCUCGGGCCUGUAUGAAGUAAUUUAGGGACAAAAUAAUUUUGUUCUUUGGCUGAACCACAGCGAUUGCAAAAAUGAAGGAAACAACUGAUUUUUUUAAAAUUAUAAUUUAAAAAAAUGAAUUAUUAAUUGCUCUGCAGAGCAGCGUUAGAUUUUGACAUUUUUUAUAAGAUCUAGAAAGCAGGCGUACAAGUUAAUACCCCAGUUUGGUUCCAAAUCUCCUCUUCCCCAUUCCCAAUACCAGCUAAUAUUAGACUAAAAAUGUUAAAGGAAAAUAGAAUCAAGCUUCUAGACUUAAUAUAGGGGUGGCCAACCCUAUGUUAAAUAUUGAGGAAUUUUUUUUUUUAUUAUCGAUUUUCUGUCUCGGAUAAACGCAUAUUUGAAAUAUAUAUAUGUAUAUUGUAGGGAACCUUGCUUACACUCCGACAAACUUCAUCUCUGGUACUCAAUAAGUAAACAACUCCGGUGAUACAUUUGAUGAGUAAACUCGUGUUCUUUAUUGGCUCUGUCACUUGCUUACACUUUCAUCCAUCUCACAGCUCUGACUGCCCUCGUCCUCUACCGUCGCUGUUCUCUACCUCUCUCUGCUCUCUGUCGUUCCUAACUCUCUCCCCUCUAACCGUCCCCUCUUAUAGGUCCACCAGCCACCUGGACUGAACUCUGCCGUGGGUUUUGCCCCUCAUCCCUGCCCGCUGCAUUCCUCGCCUUAAUUUAUUUGGUCAGUCUUCGACUGUGGGUUUACCCCGCUCCGCUGACCUCCAUUGUGUUCCACGUCUUAAUUUAUAUGCUACCCGCCAAACACCUGGACUGAACUCUGCCGUGGGUUUUUCCCCUCACCCUGUCCACCUGGACUGAGACUGAACUCUCUACAAUACCCCCAUCUUACAAAACAAUGUCGUCCCGACAUUACACAACAUCCCCGUUAAAAUUCUUAUGACUGGUUUCUAAAUGGCUUCAACGAAAUAACAAUCAUCAUGUCAUAAUUAGAGCAUUAUCUUUUUAUAACCGAUUCAACUCUGGAGUUCAUAUGUCUCUAGAUAAAAUAAAACAACAUUAGUUAACUUUAAAUCUUUUCACCAAAAAAAAUGCAUGUCAUUCCCUAAAAUAAACUAGGUGUCCAAAAUGUCUUCACUCUAAGCUUCUUGCAGAACGCGUGGAAGCUCCGGAGUAGCUCCCAUCAAGUUGUCUCUUAGGCAAUUUGUUUGUAACUUUAAAAUCCAGUCGGGUGGGUUAUUGUCAUAAUAGGGUUUCAAUCGGUCGUGAUGAAUUAUUCUUGCCUUCGUCUUUCCCUCUCCUCGAAUUUCAAAUAACACAUCACUAAAUUUUCGACUGACAACGAAUGGUCCGCGCCAUUUGUUUGGGUUCAAUUUUGGGUUUCGACCCACCUGUUUGGUUAAGUCCAAAUAGAGAACCACAUCCCCCACGUUGAAGCUAUGUUGUACUGCCCGAGUAUCGUGGUCCCUUUUCUGACGCUGAGCUGCUGUCUUAAGAUGUUUCCUGGCUGAACUGUUGGCUUGGGGGCGUUUGAUGUGCUGACAUGUGGCACAGUUGGUGAUGAACGUUUGAACAUCCCUUUUCAUUCUGUACCAACUGUAGUAUGUCCUGACAUUAUCCAAUACCUUAUUUAUGCCGAGAUGGCCAGCAUAAACUGACGAGUGCAUUUUCUUUAACACUGUGCUUACAAGAGAUCUAGGCAACAUAAUUUUCAAUAUUUCAUCCUUCCGACCCGGAUGAAACCAUCGUUUACAUAAAACUCCAUCCACAACAAUAAGUAAAUCAAGGUUUAACCAAAGGUUCCUAACAGCCGGCGAUUCUCCACUAAUUUCCUCUCUUUUUGGUUUUGUUUUGUCUUUGAUCCACUUAAAAACAUGACUCAAGUCAUUAUCUUCCUGUUGUAAUCUUCUCAGAUCUUCCUUGGAUAUGUCUAACCCUUCAAAGAAUUUAUAGUCACUAUUGUCUGCACAAAACACUGCAACCGGCUCUCGGUCAGCAUUCCGAUCAUUUCUGUUUGAUGUCGACUCAGGGCAAGGUAAUUGGAUAGGUUGGCUUGGUACGAGGGGCGUGUCCACAGGGCAGUUUGCUCGACCAGUAUCACUUGUGGUUGCUCCUCCGGGCGAGGGCUUAGGUGGGUUCACGGGAGGAUACGUUUUACUGCGAGUCGUCACCAUGUUGAUUUUCACAACAGCUGCUGCUGGCAACUGGUUACUAGUGGUGGAUAAUGGAAUGAUGUCCUCUUCCUCAUUGAGAUCACCGUUUUCUACCAACGAAUAAGACUGGUCCUGUUGAGUCACUGAAUUUACACAUUUUGUUAUUACUGGCACCUUGUCUCUAUGUAGGUUGAGACCCCUUUUGAUUGAAAAUGAAAAGUCAUAGUGACAUAGGAAAUCGAAUCCUAGAUAACCAUCGUCGGUUAUGUCUGCGAUAUGCACCGUCCAUGGAUAAAUCUUCUCUCCAAUAAGCAAGUCUAGGUCGCAGACUCCAUGGAGUUUUAUAGACGUACCACUGGCUGACUGUAGAUGUAAUGGGACGAGGUGGGUAUUCAACUUCGGUCUCUGCUGCAUUCUAUUAAAAGCUCUCUUGGACAAAAUUGUCACGGCCGCUCCAGUGUCCAUGAGGAAAUCUGUCCUAAUGCCGCACACUUUCACAGGCACAAACACAAAAUUUGGACGAAGGUUGUGAACAUUUGACUUCGAUGAGAUGUGAUUUAGUUUUAACGACGAAGAUUUCGUCCUAAUGGUCUCUUGGUUUGGGCAAUUCCGUGAAAUAUGACCGAUUCGGUCACAGCCAAAACACCUGGGUUCCGCCCUCCGAUUACCUCUCCCUUCACGCACCGGCUGGUUAACUGUUCCUCUCUGCGAGGCGAUGAAUUCCUUAAGGUCCUCUCUCAGGCCGCUUAUCUCUCUGGCCAAGUGGUCGGUAGCUAUUGAUGCUACUUGCUGUGUUGGUAAACAAACGUUGUCCCUCAGAUUUAAGAUUGUAUCCAAGGCAGCUCUCGCCUUGUCCACGGUGGGAGGAACAGCCAUAGUGCCAACUUGUAUCGCCAUAGACUGGUCAGGCAGCCCACGUAAGAACUGUUUAAACCCAAUGGCAUCUCUUGUAGCCUGGUCUGCCAUUGGGAAGCUUUUUGUAACCAAUCUCUUGAGGUCUGUAGCGUACUCAGCUGUAGUCUCUGAUUUCAAGAACGUGCGUUUGUCUAAAACAUUUUGAAAGAAUGCAGGUGUUCGAUGGUCCUUAAACCGAUUAGCCAGGGCAUCCUUGAGUUUCUCGUAGCUGUCCCUCUCAGCUUCGCUUAAUUCGCUGUACGCGAAUUCCGCAGCUGCAUCCUUCAGUGAAAAACAGAGAUAGAGGAGCUUGUCGUCAUCACUCCACUUAAAAAUUCUUGCCGAGGUCUCAAAUUGCACGAUAAACGUGUGCCAUGUAGACGUUCCACUGUACGUUGGGAUGUUGUGUGCGUGCUGUGAGGACAUUGUGCUUGCUGUCAAUCUUCCGCUCCUUGUACCUUGCAUUUAGUCAGGCUAACGAGAAUGUACGUCUCUUCGGAGUCGUUGCAAGGUUAAGAAUCCCACCGCUGCCACCAUUUGUAGGGAACCUUGCUUACACUCCGACAAACUUCAUCUCUGGUACUCAAUAAGUAAACAACUCCGGUGAUACAUUUGAUGAGUAAACUCGUGUUCUUUAUUGGCUCUGUCACUUGCUUACACUUUCAUCCAUCUCACAGCUCUGACUGCCCUCGUCCUCUACCGUCGCUGUUCUCUACCUCUCUCUGCUCUCUGUCGUUCCUAACUCUCUCCCCUCUAACCGUCCCCUCUUAUAGGUCCACCAGCCAACCAAGGCGUCGCUAGAGAUUACUCCCCCUAUCUGCUACGCGCCAAACACCUGGACUGAACUCUGCCGUGGGUUUUGCCCCUCAUCCCUGCCCGCUGCAUUCCUCGCCUUAAUUUAUUUGGUCAGUCUUCGACUGUGGGUUUACCCCGCUGGCGACUGGAGGUAACACAAGGUGCAGAAUUAAAUAUAGCUACCCGCCAAACACCUGGACUGAACUCUGCCGUGGGUUUUUCCCCUCACCCUGUCCACCUGGACUGAGACUGAACUCUCUACAAUAUCACUUUUUUUAAUUUAAAUAAAAAUUGUAACUAUUUUUCUAUUUAGUAAUUAAAAUUUAAGGAUUAAUAUAAACAGCCAGGUAAUGGGCACCAAAUAUUUCACAAGCAUUUCAUCAGUUGUUCUCCUAUCUAAGUGUAGAAUAAUGCAACACUAAAUCAGGUAUAAAUCAAAGUGUAUCCUGGCAAUUUGAACAUUAAAAAAAAAAUUGGGGGGAAUGGCUGGACCCUCCCCCAAACCACACCCCCACUUUUGCCUGGAUGACUUCGGUGGGCAUCCUUGAUUUCCGUUCCCCCACCCCCAUUUUCUUCCUCUACUUUGGGAAGGCGACCUUUAGUUUAAUGAAUGGCUAAUGUAAACAUUCAGUAGCAUAGCUAUAGUUUGUGCUACCUGGGGCGAUCUAAUUGCGGCCCCCUUCAAUGAAAAAACUUCAUUUAUCCAAAAAUGCAGCCCCUCCAUAUAGAGAAAAAAGUUUCCCCCGGUGUGGGCCACACACCUUUCUUACGCCACUUUAAACAUUAUACUAUAAGUUUAUUUCCUAUUAUGAUAGGGUCUUGUACAAUUUUGAGAUGGUAAAGUACUAUUCUGAAAUGAUAUUGUACCAUUUUUGGAGUUCCGGGGUAAUCAGGUCUGCUAAUUCCAUAUAGCUUGCCUAUUUACCUCUUUAUAAGAUUGGUUUAUGCCCCUGGCUCGCAACCCAUGUGGAGACCGGCUUAAUGAAACGGUUAAUGUAAAAAAAUUGUUUUUAAUGUUCAUUUCAAUUUGAUGUCUUAUUAAGUUUGGAAAAUUUCAGAAUACUGCUUCUAUUUUUAAAGUGAUUUCUCAUCCGGGUUGUGGGUCACAUUGCUUCUAUAAAAUGAGGUUGUAUCACAAAAUGUUGGAAAUAUGAGAUUUAAGCUUUUUUAAAACAAUGGAAUAUAUCAAAACAACUUGCAACCAUUUGUUUAUUCUUCUUCAAUCUUUCAGCUCCCCAGCUCAAGGUUUCAGAUGAUCGUCUCACUGUCUCAGGCGAUAAAGGAUACAGCAUGAUCAGGGCAUCUCAUGGUAUGCACUAUUAAUUUAUUUUGACUUACCAGUUUGUUUAUCAUUAGUACACCUUAUAAUAUUGUUACAGUUUAAAUGAAGGGCAAUGUUUAGAAAAUAAAAUUCUUUUGUAACAGAUAGCUGCUAGAACUGUGCAACCAAAAUAACAAUGUAUUGUCAUAAAAAGUUGCAUUUACAGCAAAUUUUUAAUAAAAACAUUCCAGGUGUUAACCAUGGAAAUUGGUACUUCGAAGUCAGUAUUGUGGACAUGCAAAAUGAAGCUGCAUCAAGGAUAGGAUGGUCUCUGUCCUUAGGUAAUUUUUUUUUAAUCACCUGAAAUGCAAUCUUAAGACUUCCCUAAUUAUACUACUGAAACAUUUGUCACAUCUUUAUAUCACAAUACUAAAAUGCAGUUAGCUUCUUUAUAAAUUAUAGGACAAAGGCCCAAAACAUAUCUUAUGAUUAAUUUUUUUAUUCCCAUUUUGCUAACAACAUUUUUAUUGUACUUUAUGGCUAGUUUAAAAAUUGAGAUCAUAGUUUUUUUGUUUUUUUUAAAAACUUCAGUGUUUAUUUAUUCAUACAUGAAAACAACACUUGAUUAUCCAUCAUAUGUUAUGAAUGGAACAGUUUGAUGUUUUUAAAAUUUACAAUAAUUUUUUAAUGAUGCUCUCAAAUGUUCAUUUUAAUGUACAGCCCAGCCAAAAAGCUUGAUCUAAUGAACUACGAAACAAAUCUAGUAUAUGUUAUUAGUAAUAUUAAACUUUAAAUAUGCUAGCUUGAGCUAUUUUACAUGUUAACAAUCUUUCAUUGCUACAUUUUUCUUUGCAGGGUAUAUAGGGACCAGUAUGUAUGUCACAUUCAUUUAAGCCCAAAUUUUUUCUAUUUACCAUGUGUGCAUAUUUUCAUAUAGGAAAUCUUCAGGCACCUUGUGGUUAUGACAAGUUCAGCUACUCCUGGAGAUCAAGGAAGGGGACUGCCUUUCAUCAAUCUCGUGGUCAUCACUACCAUGAUGGAGGCUAUGGUGAAGGGGAUGUGCUGGGGUUCUACAUUAGUCUUCCCAAACCUGAUGACCUUGAGCUAUUGCUGCCACAGACUCACAAAGAUAGGGUAAGUUUAUAACUUUUUUUAACGUUUCUCCAUUUGCAGCAUGAUUUCUGUCCAACCAAACCAAUAGAAAAAUAUGCACACUGCAUAAGUUCCUUAAAAUAAGGUGCAGAAUUAAUUCUAAAUAAUUUGGUUAUACAAUAAAUAAAAAGCAAAUGAUUUUAUUUCAAAAUUUAUUGACAAAAUACAAUUUUUUAAAAAUAUUCGCAACAAAAACAUUACAUGUAAUCAAAGCAUAAAAGGAUUUCUGUCAUUUGAGUUUAACAGAGUUUUCAUAUCAAGCUCUUUUAUAAAAUAUUUCAAACUAAAAGAAAAAAACUUUAUUUCAACACUAUUACUCCAAAUUGUGCUUUAACUGGGCAUUGUACUGUACAAAAAUAUUUUUUAAAGAUUUAUAAAUAUAUCAGGCAAGAACAAAAUUAUUAAAAUGACUAGUUGAUGAAGGCACUUGAUUGGCAUAUCAAAUAAGUACCAACAACUUUGCAUCAUAACAUAACACAAAUAUGUAAGUUGGACCACAGGUAUCGGGACGUUAUUUAUUUUUCAAUACCUCUCAUUUUAGUGUAUCUCAAAGAUACUUUGAUGGUAAUUGAAAGCUUUUUAAAAGGUGAUAUUUUCUCAAAGCCCCGUGGCAGUGAUUCAAAACAUAGAAUUAGUUUCAUGCAACUGCACAAGCUAAAAUCUUUUAAAUAAAGUCAAUUAAUAAAUGACGACGUAUUCAAUAAAUUCCCCACCGAAAAAAGUAUUUGGUGGAUACAUAAUUGAAAAGAUUACCAUGCACAUAUUACACACAGUAUAUAGUUUUGACAUUUAAGGCAUAAGUUAGGCAGUUGGUAAUCAGCAGUAUGUUAUCAUUUGGUAACCAGCACACCAACCUGUUGGAUAAGCUAAAAGCGUGCUAGGGCUCACUAAAUUUUCUGCUUCUAUCUUACAAAAGAUUUCAUUAUUUGUUUUAAUAAAUGACCUGAAUUUUAUUUUACAUAAAUUUUUUAAAAUAUGUUUUUUUUAAACAAUGGAUUAACAGUAUUAUGGAAAUGUGCCAGCAAUAGUAAUUAGUAAUUUUCAAAAUUAUUAAACUUUAAAAAAAUUAUUUUUAGAUGAAAUUAAACCUUCUCAUUGUUUUGGUGGAAUCUUAAGCUAUGCCUUUUUAAAUCUAUGAAAAUGAUUGUAUUAUUUAUAAAGUCCAUACUCAUAAACUGAAUAAAAGAAGCAUGAAAAUGAAAAUUUACUGAAAAGCCCAAAGAAAACGUAGUAAAAUUUGAUGAAUUAUUUGACUCCAGAAUCUACCAUGAUUUUGUUUUCCCCAUUGCUGAAAAUAUUUUACUUCAUGUAGGUCACAUAGCCCAACUUCAAAAUCUUGUUUUCCAAGGAAGUUGGUUCUUUAAUAUUCCAAGUAUAUCAUAAUAAAAUAAAACUAUUAAAAUCACUGGAUUUUAGAAAAAGCAACAACAAAAAAAAUGUAAGUUGUAUUUGCUAAUGUCUGAUAUGUAAGAUUCAUAAUAUAAUUGGAAGUAUGUGAUUUAAUCUUUAAAUAUAAACACGAAUUAGUCAUUUAUUUCCUGUGCGACAUAGUCAUUUAUUUCCUGUGCGACAAAAGAUAUUUUAUUUACAAACAGUUAAAGCAGCAUAUAAUAUGGUUAAUGAGCAUUUAAAACAAAAAAUAGAAUUAGUUAUAUCAGCCACAUAGAUGUAUGUCUUAUUUAAUAACAUAAGGUUUGAGUAUAACUAUACCUCACUAUUUCCAAUAAGUUUCCUUUGUACUUUUGCAUUUUCUUUUCCAAAGUAAUGUUAAAAAGAGCAUAUAUUUUUAAUACAAGAUCUUAGCCUUGUAGGGAUUAUAAAUUUUAAUUUAAAAAAAACGGUUUAAAAAAAAGUUUAAAAAAAAGUAUUAUGCAACUUUUAACAGCAGAAAUAUAUUGAGGAUUUACUUGAGUUCUUAUUGUUGUAUAUAAAUGGCCACACUUUUAAUGUCUGUCCUGAGGUCCUUAUGUGUGCUGAAAAUAACAUAAUAAAAACUCUUCAAAGUUACUAGUUUUAAUUUCUAGAUUAAUAUUUCAUUUAAUCAUUGCAUGGUUUGAUAAAAAAAUUGCUAACAGAAUUCAAGCACUUGAUUAUAAUCCAUAGUUUAUGUGCAUUAAUGCAUACCCACUAGCAUAAUUUAUGUGUAUUGAUAUCAAAUUAAAACUUACGUAAAUCUUCAUUUUGAGGCUGUAGCUUUUGGUGGACUUGAUCGACUUUUAGAUCCUGAAAAUGGAAAUUUAGAAAUGCAAAAAAUGUCCCACUGAAAGAAGUUACUCUGAGCACAUUGAGAUACAAAACAAUUUAUGUAAAUAAAACAGUGCAUAAUAUAGGCUUUUAUUAUAAGAAAAAAUAGUUUAAAAGCCUUCUGCAACAUAAUAACAAAUAACAAUAAUGUAAAUUAAAUUUUACUUAAUAAAUUUCAAUCCUACCAAUUGAUAUUAAAAAAACUGAAAGAAAAGAGAAGAAAAAGAAUGGGCACAAGUCCCUUAGCAAAUCAAAGAUCAGAAAAACAAACAAACAUCAAAGCACACACACAGGACUGACUAGUUAUAUAUUUGUAGUCAAUAAAGAGAAAAUCUCCAUUCAUUGUGUAUCUUUAAAACUAUGCAUAUUUUAAGGAUAAUUCUAGAAUUCAUUUGUUCUCACUAUCCUCAUUGUAUGACUACUGACCUGCUCUGACAGGUAUUUUACUGUGUUUGCCCUUCCCAGCCUGGUCUUCAGUAGACUCACGCCUCUCUCUUGAAUGCUCUUCUGUUUUGCUUUGGCCAUCUUCAUCCAAAUCAGCAUUCGUGCUGGGAUCUCUGCUUUCAACCUUAGCUGGUGGUAAGAUUUGUUCUCCUUUUGUUAAGAUCUCAAUGGACUGGCUAGGUGCAGUGUCCGCCUCACUCUGUUCAUCCCUCUUUGACAGAACAACAGACAGCGAUGAGGUCAUUUGGCUACCGGUGUUGGCGCUGGAUUCAAGAUCAGUUGAUCUGCUGUCAGCAUCUGUAAUACUGUCAGAGGUGACAUCUAUGUUGCCAUUCUCACCUGUUGCCUCUUUUACCCCUGUCUCUUUGUCACCAGUAGGGCUGGCAUUAGGUGGUAUGGUGGUAUGAGCUGCAGACAAAAUACUUGAUGAUACGCUGUCACCCCUAUCAGAAGCCACUGAUCUUUCAUCUUGCUCCAGUGGAGCAGCAGCUGUGGGCAGGAUAAUUAUAGGAUUGAUUUCUGGUAUUUUGGUGUUCAAAUUUUCAGAGCUUCUGCUGAGAUCUUUCGAAUCUUCUUCUGAAACAGUGGAUAAAUCAGUAACAGCAGGGUGGCUUGAUUCAGAUGAUGACUCUGGCAAAGGGGAAACAUUUUCACUGGAAACUGCUGACUUCUCCUCUGAUAUGCCCUCUGACCCUGAUAUGUAAUCUUUGGUGCUUGAUGUCACUGAUGUUGUGAUUGGAUUGUCAGAAUGUAGAGAAGUCAACUGACUCCCUGCUGUGGAAGAUGCAGAUGUUGUAUUAAAGUCAUCGGUUGCUGUGGAUAUAGUUAAAUCUUCUAACAGUGUCGACUGACUCUCUUCUAACCGUGUCGACUGGUUCUCUUCUAACCGGGCCAACUGGCUCUCUUCUAACCUGGAAGACUGGCUCCCUUCUUUACCUGAAGAAUCUUCUCGUUCAGUAACAGUCAGUGCAGUAACGGUCUGUGCAGUGGGUGUGAUCUUCUCAGUGACCUUGACUCUGGCUCUGGGGCUUGGUUUAGGACUGACCUUUGGGGCUUGUCUUGGCUUGACUGAUGGACUGGAUUGUGAUGUUGUGCUUAAAUUAGCUUCAUCAGAUCCUGUGGCAUUAAGUGAUGAUGGUUCAUUUGUUUGGUCUUUGGCCUGCUCAAUCUCUGAGCUGCUGCUUACAUCCUUUGAUUGUCUCACGUCACCAGCAGACUUGGUUUCCUCAGUGGUGUGAAGGGCAGCCAGUGUUUGUUCAAUGUCUGCCAGCAUGGAUGAGCGCACGUCUCUCUUGGGACUCUCUUCUGGACGGGAACGAAGCAUUGAUGCAUCCACUUCAUCUUUGACUUCAAGGGUUUCAUUAAUGUCAGACGGUUUGAGAUCUUCUUCACUCAGCUCCUAGAGGAAACGAUGACCAAAUGUUUACAAUGCACAUUUUCUAUUUUUUUAAACGCAUAAUAAACCGUGGGGCAUCUUAAGUAUAGAGCCUUUGAAUAAAAAAACAAUUUCCCGUAAGUUUAUAGUCUAAUUUCUCUUUCUGUCUUUACCCUGUAACUGUUAAUGGGUCUGACAGAUGGUGUGGGUGAAGGGGUUGAUGGGAUGUAAACGGUUGACAUUCACUCACGCCGCUUUUCCUGUCUUAAUGUACCAUCUACCCGCCCUAUCCAUAUAUUAGAUGGUUCCUUUUUUAGGGGUCCUCCAUAAGUUAUGUCAACUAAAUAGGGGGAGGUAGGACAAAGUUUGACAAUGGUCAAAGAGGGAGGGGGGGGGGAUAAAUUGACAAUAACUGUAUUUUUCUUUGAUAUUUAAAUAAAAUUAAAAUAUUAAUAGGCCUGUAUAUUUUUUCAAAAGUUUUGUUAAGGUUAAUGGCUUAUAAUGUCUUAUGGUUUCAAAUGGCUAGAGCAGCAUCAACGAUACGUUUUUGGGCCUAAUAAACCAUCUGCUCCUUGAAAAACAGUUGUUAACAAGGAGGAAAAGGGGGAGGGGCAAAAAAAAUCACCAAUAAAUUGUUGACAUAAUUAAUGAAAGACUCAGUAUCCUAGAUUGGGUGAUAGGUCACCUGACUUAAAUUUCCCAUUACAUAACAGGUAUCCUGUCUGAUGUAUCCCAUUUCAUAACUAGGUCACCUGGCUGAUAUAUCCCAUUUCGUAACUAGGUCACCUGGCUUAUGUAUCCCAUUUCAUAACUAGGUCAAGGUCAUUUUGGGGCUUGAAGUGGGACUAAGGGAAACUGAGUAUUCAUUGAAUCAAAUCAAGGUAGUUUGGCCACACACCCUUUACUGGUAACCAGCUAGGCAUAUCAAGAGAUAUAUGUACUUCUUGCGAAUCUUAGCAAUGGGCAACAUCCUAAAUACACGAAAUCGCAUUUUACGUUGUUACUAUUAUUUUGUUACGUUUUAGUGUUAGUUAAUGAAAGCAUGUCGUGUAACAGUAACAGCGCCCCCACAUUGUGAAAACUCUUCUUACCCCUUCCUAAAAUGAAGGUUUUCUCUUGUCAGUACUACAACCUACAAUUGUUGUCAGUACUACAACCUACAACAAUUGGUUUUUAUGGUUGACCCUAGAUUGACGCACUUGUUCCAAGUCUCUCUACUCACUGUGAAAAUGUCCAAGUUUUCGUUGGAGCGUUGCAUGGCUGUUCGAGGUGCCCUGCUUUGCCUGCCUCUGUUUUUGGGAGGUGGGGGCUUGCGGUACUGAAAGGUUAAUAUUUGAGCGUAAGCCAAUGAACAAGUACGUAAGCCAAUGAACAAGUACGUAAGCCAACGAACAAGUACGUUUUCAAGAUGUGUGUAAAAAAAAAAAAAAUUAAAAAAAGAAAGAAUUUGUAUCAAAUAUCCCCACGGCCUGUAGAAAGAGUGGGGGAGAGAUAACAAUGGAAUGAGGCACAGUAAAAUCUUAUGAUCAUGAUGAAAGUAGGAGUGUAGGGGAGAUAAUACUAUCGAAAGGCAUAAAUUACUCAUGAAACACAGGCAUGUGAAUCAUUGCGAGGAAAUUGAGCGAACAUGCUUUGUCUAUUGAUCAGAUGUAGCAUCCUCUAACAGUACGAACCCAUUGUUUGGACUAGCGCCAUCAUAGAGCUUGCCGUGUAGCAUGUUUAAUGUUUGUAAUUUCAUUGAGCCAUUGGGCAGAAAGUAGACAUGAACAGUUCUUAUGUCCAUUGGCUAAUCCACCGCCUGCCACACGCUAAAAAUAGGUUGUUUGAUUAUGAAUUGAUAUUUGAUAUGGAAUACCGGGAAGUAAAAGUUACAACUGGGUCAGUGUGUACCAUACAAGAAAGUUAUCUCCCAACACCGUUUUAACAUGUAGUCUGUAACUACAUGACUUGGUAUCACUGUCACUACACUUAUGUUCUCUUUAUUCCCAGAAAAAUAAGGUUUGACUAUGUGUUAAGUCUGUCAGACUUGCUUUGAAUGAACUCACCGAGCGUAGAAUUUCUGUUUCUCGCUGAACCGCAGAGAAGUCCCCAAGGUCCUCCCCCGAGAUCACGUGGGUCGGGGAGCUGUAGAUUGUAACAUGGAUUCAGUUACAGGAAAUAAAAUUGAGAAUUUAUCUUCAGGGAAUCAAUUUUUUCCCUUCAGGGAAUCAAUUGUUUCCCUUCAACCACUCUUUCUGAGACCCAUUCCACUGAUACAAAAACUGUUUUUGAAUAAAUGUUCCUAAGGAAUCUCUGCCAGACGUGUACAUAUUUUUUAAUACAUAUUUUUUAAUGCAUUCAUAGUCGUUAGGCAUAGAUAGGUCGUUAACAACAUUACCUUUGAGUAGGACUGACCAACCCGUUUUCUGGCUUUUUCUCUGGGCGUUGGGGUUGGUCCUUCUUAGAACUCCCUCGCUUGACCUUGUCUGGUUCUUGCUUCUUGGCCUUGCCAUCAGGUGCGUCAUCGCAGGUCUUCCUCUUCCAACAACAAAAGAACAACGAUGCCAUGGUAAUGACAAUGAUGGUGGACAGUAUGGAAAAAUACGUUUCUUGGAGCUCCAGCAUCACCGACUACUGACUGGACACUGGCACCACAUAGUGGACAGCCUGGGUCAACCAGUAGAAAUGGACGAUGGUCAGAAGACCGCCACCAUGGGAGCAAUAGGAGCAAAUAUCUUGAGAUUGUCUAUCGUCCAGAUUAUACCCACCUACAACAAUAGUGACAUGGAUCUCCUGGUAAACAGUGCUCGGCAAUUACUUAGUGGCCAAUCUGUCUUCAAAUACACAGGUUAAGAUUCUUUUAGGAGUUCAUCCAAGGACCUGUGAAUAACAAAGUUGAAAUUCCCACAGACUACUCGACUUUUUAAUGCACUCAUUACCGCUAACAUAUUCAUGUCUAGGGAAAUGUGUAGGUACGGUACAUUCAAUGAAAUAAUCCACCUUGGACCUAUCUGCCUAUUUAGUUAUGUAUGUAAACAACGAUCCUUUACCGAUGUGUUGUCUCUUGGAAAAUGGCCGCCUCAAGUUGAUUAGCUGCGUGUUCACAUUAGAAAUGAGACUGAUGAUUGCUAUACAGCCGUUGGAGGCCCUGCCAAUGUCAAGUGGUCACUUGGCUGGAGGACACUCCUUUCACUGGUGAAGGAAAUACGUCUUCAAAAUGCAUUCCCCUUCCCCUGUGCAACAUGUGCUUCACAAGUUCAUGCACACACAAACACAUUGGGCAGCAUUGCUAAGGGUUUAAUAUUCUGUCGUACCUGGUUGUUUCAGAGAUCAUCGAGUUAGUGGAAGACACCCAGCUGCCAUUUGCUUAGUAGUUAUUAGACAUUUUGCAAAUUCAAUUCUGACCUCCAGAUGAUGUAAGUGUUAACAAAUUCUAUGAACCACGAAACUUAAGCGGACUUUCUUGUAAGCUAAAUUUAAAUGUUACAAAAGUACCAUAGCAUGCUACGGUAGUACUUGAACUUAUUACUGCAACACUGUACUACUUAAUGCUACAUAACAUACAACAUAAAUGAUGAAUAUCUCAGAAAUAAUCUCUUUGAAAUAGAUCAUUGUGAUACUGUCUUUGGAAAGUUCCAUUUUCCAUUCCAUCACAUUCCAGAGAAGCACUUUGGUGCUAACCCGAUCUCUUUGUCCCAUUCCAUCACAUUCCAGAGAAGCACUUUGGUGCUAACCCGAUCUCUUUGUGUCAAUGAAACACACGUUUACCAGAGGUGGACGUGUGUAAGCCAGUCAGUUUGACACAAGUCACGGAUGUAUUGGACCAGAUACACAAUGCCACAGUGCCAAUCUUGUAUCUAUAGACUAGCUUUGCAAUGCCCCGUGUCGUUAUAUGCCAGUUGGGAAGUCUAGAAUCUUCUUUCCUGUUAUACUAACGCUGCCCCCGUGUGUCGUCUGUGCCCUAUUCCCGUCUUAUUUGGUGACGACUUGUACUGCCUACAUCAGUGCGAGAACCUGAUGUCAUUGACAUGAAAACCCUGCGUGGCUACAUUUGAGCACCAAAUAUUCGAGACUACGCCAGAUCAGUUUUGGAAUGUCAAUGUAAUGAUAAAGAAUGCGUUUAAUUGGAAGUAAAUACUGACAGUCUCAUUCCGGGAAUCUACACUUUCAUGAAUUAAAUUUUUAUUUCAAUACUGUUCCAAUUUGAAUAUCGGUAUGGGCAUGCAUUAGAAAGGGAUGCUUGAGCCAAACUGGGGUAUUAAACUUGCAACACUGCAUGGUGAUUGCUAAAAAUAGAUUUCCAAUGCCACCUACCAGAUCUUAUGAAAUAUGACACAAUCUAUUGCGUUGUUGUGUGGAGCCGGUUGAGAAAACUCUUUUAAAUUGCAAAAGAAAUCUCAAAUUCGCACAGUGUACGCCAAAAUCGUUAGAGUAACAAUGUCUGCUGGACGUUUGGAGGGAAGUGUCCAUGAAAUGUCAUGAAAGAGGGUCAGAGGUCAAAAUAUGUUGUGGCUUUUAAUUUGUUAAAUUUGGGAACUUGGCUGAGGGGAAUUAGCUUCUGAAAUGUGCAAGAACGUACUGCAGCUGCACCAGGUCAUUGCAUCGCAUCCCACCAAGGGUUUUGUGUUCACGUGAAAAACCAGUGUCGAAUCAAGAGAGGCCCGUGGAUCACUCCGUCAGUUUGAUUUCAAUCGACCUUUUUCACCACCCCAACCACCUUUUUCACAACUCGAUACAUCCAUAUUGUUUGCGACUACGUAGAACAAUGGGGUAUGUAAGUAGACAUUGUUUCAUCAACUGAUAGUAAAUCUGUUUAUUCACGUCACACACGUGUCGUCAAGUACAUGUCAAUAAUCUCAUUAUUACAAAAUUACACACCCACUGACGUAGUUUAAGUGUUAACACGUCUUCAUGUGUUAGUCAAUGAUCCUCAAUGAUUGUAGGAAAAAAGUCACAGGAAAAAGUCACUUGUUUAGUACAAAGUUUUAUGUGUGUUUGUUUUAUACUACUGAUUAACUGUUAUUUCGUUGGCAAGUCCAAAUGAAUGUUUAUUAUAUAGACUGACAGUACCAGUAAAUGGAAGCAAACGACGGCUCGAUGGGAUCGGGGUUCGAUUCUCGUUUGAGGUUAAAUAUGUGUGUGUGUUAUUUGUAAAUGUUUACGGAAUAAUUUUAAUUAAGUUCAGUUUUUACAAAUCCAGAGCGAAUUUCUAUUCUGAACACCUAAAUAGGUUGCAAAUAUAUUUCAAUGGUGUGUUAUGACAUAUUAACGUGUGUUAUGAGAUAUUAACGUGUGAUAUGACAUAUUAACUUGUGUUAUGACAUAUUAGCGUAUCAAUUUAAGAACCACGUGCUUAGGAAGAUUGGAAUGUUACAUUUAGUGAUACCGUUACAGUAAUUAACAGUACCGGUAAUUAACAAACCGCCAUUAAUGUCGGCUCUAUAACUGCAUAGCUCAUUGUCACACCUGCAUUUGUAGAUUGCUUAUUAGCGCAUACACAGCACACUAUUAGGCUUGAGUAUUUUUGAUAGUUAAUUUAAACUAAACUAAUUUUUUUUAAUCGUUCCUCCAGUAUGUUAUUAUUUACAGUUGUAUAUCACAGAGAAUUAAUUCCAUUGAAAAUGAGACAUUUUUCCCAUUCAAUAAUAAAGCAGACGUCAAGCGAUACGUCUUGAACAUAUGCGCAUUAUUUCUGUAGUCAACCAAUAUUUACCAUUCGUUCAACCAUGAAAUUAUAUCAUGCUUGCUAAACUCAAAACGUUUGACUCAAUGCGCCUUUACAGUUACAUCGUUCUUGUAUGUCAUAUGUAUAACGCUAAAAUAUAUAUUUAUAAACUUGUGUGUAAGGUUACAAUCGGCCAACAAAAUCAUUUCUUAUGCCGCACUGAGUAAUGCUUACCACACAGAUGCUUUGACUCCUUUUAACAGGCUUAGAUAAAGCUGGGUUCAUUCCCCUCACAUCUCUCUUACUCCGUGGUAGGCCUACACGUUUGAAAGUCUCAGCAGUACUAUUUUCUUCGGGUUUUUUAAAAGUCUGCCCUCAUGGUCUGUGCUGACUAAAGCUCACACAAGGGUUCUAAGCCUUUAGUGUGAAACGGCUGUACUCAGUCGGUCCAGUUAACCUUCCUACAUCUUUGAGAUCUUCAAACCAACUCAGAAUAGCACUUGAGACUUGACAUAUGAAACCUUGAGCAAACGUACCAUGAUGACGCAAAUAGUUAUCGUUGUGACACGUAGAUUAUACCUAACAUAAACGCCAUAUUUAUAUAUAUAUUGUAAUAAGAGUUUCUUUAAACGUACUGGUUGUUUUGUUGUUGCACCAUUAUUUGGGAAGUAAUAAAAAUGUGAUCGUGAUAGUGGAUUAGGUCAUAUUCGGUAGGUGUUCAACAAAAAAAAAAGCAGCAGGUGACCAGAUGACAAACUUAGAACCACUCUAUACUUAACCGUGAAAAUGGGUUUCCCAUUGGAAGUUAUGAAAACAUAAGACACGGCCAGCAAUGAGCUGACUCGGUGAACUCACAUCUGACCCUUAGUCACAUUCACCGGUGUGGGGCGUGGGGUGAAACAAUCUAUGUCCGUGGAGAAAUGGUGGCACGAGGAGAGUGGGGUGGCAUGAGGAGAGUGGGGUGGCAUGAGGAGAGUGGGGUGGCAUUCCAACGGUUAAUAUCGCAUACCAUUACGAGGCUCCUGUGGCAAGUAAAGCUGUUCGGGAGAAUAGAGUAAAUUCUCUAUUAUUUUGUCUACUCGUAAGGCAGAAAGUAGACAGUGGUAAAGAGACCUGACUUGUCGAUGGCUAUUACUUACAAGAAAACGACAAAGCUACACUUGCAGGAAUACCACAGCAAACUGUUCACUACUUCAAAUAGACAUAUGAAAUAGUUGCGGGCGUUAUAGACCUUACCAAUCGCUUAGUCACAUCCCCUUGUCAUUUCUAUGACCGCAAUGAAUCAUUCGAGAUUGAAGUGAAAACAAAAGAUCGUCAUGACUUGGCUGCAGAAAACCCGUGGGACGUUGUUUCUAAUACUUGGAGGAAUACCAGAGGCAUGACCCGGUGCGGUCAACUCAUGGUGUCUCCCUCUCCCUUCUGCCCCCCCCCACCCUCUCCGGGACGGACCUACAUCGAUUAUUUCUUAACAAAGUCACCCAGAAACCGUUAUAGUAUUGUUUGUAACUUAAGUCAUAAGGCACAAACAGACGUCAUAAGGCACAAACAGACAUGAGAAGAAAACAUCGACUUUGAGAUAACAUUUUUUAAAAAUGCAACAUUACUUUUAAUAAACAUUCAACUUUACAUUUAAAACUUGACUUCCCUGGUUUUCAAAGACGCGAACAUUUCAAUCACUUCAUCAACAUUAACAUGUUUCACCUUUCCAUUGACAAAAUCGCAAGGCCACAUAGCUGGACCGUUCCAUCUAAGAUUGCAAAAAAAAAUUGUUUAAAGUUUGGGUAAAGCUCUUCUCACAUGAAGCCACGGACACAAAGUUACUGAUACUGUUACAUAAUUGUUUAAGGCUUGAUAAGAGAAUUGGGAGAGAUUCUCAACCCUUGUCGGUUGGCACCCAGGUAUCUCUGGUGAUAGCCUCCUAUGGAGGUAAGCCGUUCUAGUAAAACCCCGUUCUAAACAAAUUCCUACUCUGGCUUCAGCGUUCACUGACCGUCUGCCCACUUCGUGACCCUUCCCAUUGUUCCUUUGUCAGGCACCAAUGUUUAAUGUUCCUACUUCAUUUCCUGCAACCGAUUUCAACUCUGUGCCAUUUAUUUACGGGUUGGUUCUUCUUCUAACUCGGACAUUUCAUCGUGCAUUUAACUUCUGCCAUUCAUCAGUUGAACCGUAGCGGGUUAGAGAGAUUUUACUCUCUUGGAAAAAUGGUGCAAUGGAUUUUUUUGGGUAAAACUAAUUACUUCGCAACCAACUGUCCUGCAAGUAAAAUGGUCAGAAUAUUAAUAAACACAUCCAUAUAGCAUAUUAAAAGACACACAUUUUUGGGCCCAUCCAUAAAUGACGUCACGUUAUAUUGGCAGAUUUUUUUACCCCAUCACCCCCCAAUCGUCGCACAAUUUGUUACAUAAUAUAACCCCCCAUUGUGUGACGUCAUAAGGGAUAACCUCAAGAUAUUUACAAGAUGUGAGUACCGGCCACUUUUUGAAGUACUCGUUAUGAGCAUCUAUGACAGUUAAUAAUCACGAGCAUAACUGUGCCAUCACGUGGGUGUGUGACGCCGUGCUUUAGCAGCUCCGCCAGCUUGUAGGACUGGGGUCAUGUCAGCAUGUGGUGCAGCUGUUUGAACAAGGACUGUCGUAUUUACCUACACUUGACAAUCAAGUGAUCAGUGUGUGGGGGACUUCUCCCUACUCACUACUGUGUUGUGUAGGGUGUGUAGCCGACACUUGUUUUGUUGGGUUGCUGCAGCACAACACGCGGGCUGGGUGUUUUGCAGUGUGUUGUUUGGGUCGCAUUCGCGCGUCGGGAAAAAAGAAGCAAUUGUCACGACAGUUAAAGAAGUCACGUGCCAAGAUUGGCAAGAGAACAUACUACUACUAUAGGGAGAAUGAAAACAAAAAAAAGUGGGGUUGGUUGGGCUCGGAGGUUCAACCCGUGAAUAAACAAACCACAAACAAGAAUGUUAAACAGCUAUUGGCACGGCGAUAUUCAACUUUGCAGUAAUUGACAAGUGAAGGAACAGGGGAUCAUACUAAAAUUCCUAGAAAGUAAAGCUUUGUCUUUGAAAGUAAAGCUUUGCAGUUUUAAAAUAACUGAUGAAGAAGAAUAUAUUAGUUUAUACAUGUGUAGCCUGAUUUGAUUGAUGACCGGGAUUUCAGAGUGGUUUCUUCAGUCGGACAAGAAUUGAGACCCAUCUCUACGUAGGAAGGAAGGAGCACCCUGGUCAAACAUAUGGGAUGAAAAGAUGGAUUCACCCAAUUGUGUGGGCUCGCCUAUGUCAGUACUUUGGGGAUUAGAGGCCUUUCGGCGCCGAAAGUUGCCACAAUAUCAAGUUCGGUGUAGUUUCGGUUUCGACCCUCGAUCGUCUACCAGAAGUCAGUCAGUCAGUCUGUCUGUCGGCCGGCAAUCCGAUAUUCAUUAUUGCUCGACGCCUUGCUGUCAUCUUAGGAUAUAUGUCUAAUCCUCUGCGAACACUGCUCACAGCUGCAUGAUGACCUACUUGUCCAAUAUUUCCAAAAACUGACAUCACAGGCAAGACUGUUCGCAGAUGACACAGCAGUGUAUAGGACGAUCGCCAAGAGAUCUGACCAGGACCAGCUACAACAGGAUCUCAGUAUGUUAGCUGAGUGGGAGAUGAGCUGGGACAUGGAAUAUCAGUCUCUAGAAGUUGUACUCCUCUAUACUACCAAUACGAACUGCACGGCCAUAUACUUGAGCAAGUUUCCUCCGUAAAGUACCUGGGUGUUACCAUUCAAAGAGAGGUCCGCUGGGACGAGCAUAUUAACAAUGUAUGUAACCAAGCAAACAAGACCCUAGGGUUCUUAAGGCGAAAUCUAAAGAUUGGCAACUCCUAUGUGAAAGAAAGAGCAUAUAAAGCCUUUAUCCGUCCGAUUUUAGAUUAUGCAUCUUCAGUCUGGGACCCAUUUACCCAGAAGAGCAUUGACAGGUUGGAGGCGGUCCAGCGACGAGCAGCACGCUUUGUCCAAUUAUGCAUCUUCAGUCUGGGACCCAUUUACCCAGAAGAGCAUUGACAGGUUGGAGGCGGUCCAGCGACGAGCAGCACGCUUUGUCCUAAACCGCUACAGGAAUACCUCUAGUGUUGGCAGCAUGCUGGAAACACUAGGCUGGUCACCAUUGGAGAAACGACGACGACAAUCCAGGCUCUCCAUGAUGUACAAGAUAAAUAAUGGGCUGGUCCACUGUUCCAGUAUUAAACAGAAACUCGUCCUUCUCCAACAUAGACAGCGACGAGGCCAUGACAGGCAACUCAGGCUCAUACCAGCAAGAAGCCAGUUUAGGAGCUGCUCAUUCCUGCCCAAGACAAUCAGGGACUGGAAAAAUCUUUCAAAAGUAACGGUUGUGGCGACAACACUAGACACAUUUGCGUCUAUUGCCUCAAGCCUUCAACCCCCUAGUGCAUGAUUCCCUCACAAAGUGUCACUGGAAAUCUGUGAAAUUUCCUCAACACCAGGAACAGAAACAUUGCAAAUCCCAUCUACAUGCAUAGGAGCCAAAUAAUAAAUAAUUCGAUCGUGGGCCCUUAAGAUAUAGAAGAAGAAGAAGAAAAUAAAGAAACAAUUAGGCUUAGGCAAAGGCAAAUAGUUUUGUGGCUAAACCAACCAAGGGAAUUGUAAUAUUUCUAUUUUGUUUCAAGAAAUGGUAACUUUUCUAUUAUUUUGUUUUUAUUUGGAAUCUUAAUUUGACUCAGUCCAUUCAUUCGAUUUAUCACGGAUCAUAAAUGUUGCCAUAGGCCAAGGUAGAGAAUGCGGAGAAACGUUUGUUUCGGAACUACCGGUACAACAUUCGUUGGUUUGGCUUGGUACAACAUUCGUUGGUUUGACUUGGUACAACAUUCGUUGGUUUGGCUUGGUACAACAUUCGUUGGUUUGGCUUGGUACAACAUUCGUUGGUUUGGCUUGGUACAACAUUCGUUGGUUUGGCUUGGUACAACAUUCGUUUUGCUUCGGUUGAUAACCAAAUAACGCUGAACUACCUGCCAUUUAACGACUCACUUGCAAGUUCCGAAUGAUUAUCUCUAGAUUAUGGAUUACUUAAUAAUUUUUAAAUUAUGGUUGAUAAUGUUGACUUUAUAAAAUGGCAUCAUUGUUUCACGGCAUGGUUUGUAAAUCUUGUUCUGGGUUAUACAUCUUUCGGCUUCGGCGGGAAGUCAUUUUUAACUUUACGUUUGGUUUCGGUUGCAAACAACAGAAAAUCACAGUCGGUCGGCAUCUUGAGAUAUAAUCAUGAUACUGUAUACAUUCGCUUCACUAAAGCAAUCGAAGAUUGCCUUUUUGGCGUGAACUGCGGAGGAAUCACUGGGCUUGGUUGUGAUAUACUUGUUAAAAGUUGUAGAGUAGUCAGACAUGAAAAUGAUACAUAGAUUUUAACGUUUUAUCUUUCUUAGAAAUCUAUGAUUGAUGAUUAUUAUAUUCAUUUUUAAGGCUGAUUCAUUUUUCUUGCUAAACCAGAAACUUGUACAUUUUAAAAAGUUCAUUUUAUCGAAUGUAAAAACGUGGGAUAGACAAGCAGCGCUGAAUACCGCCCCUGGAUCAGAUGACCCACUUUAAGCAUCUCUGCUCUUAGCUCCACUUCCUUGAUCCAGCAACACGUAUUCACUAUAGUUGUUUGCUUAUCUCAACUGGUAGACUUUUUUGUUUGUUUUUUGAUUGGCCAUACAUUUUUUAUCGUUGAAUUGAUGCUUGGAUAAAAUUGCAUAUGGAAUGCAUGUACAAAACUAUGGACUGUUAUCAGGACUAGGUUUAGGUUCUCUUACUUCCCUUAUUUAACAAGUGCCACACUGGCGGGGAAGACACAGCAGAGUAAUUUCUCAAUAACAUUAAGGGAAACUUCUUUAUUGGGGACCCAUGCUUUGAUAAAAUAAUUAGUUAUUACUCAUAGCUUUAAUAUUUCCUCUUUCCUGGUAUUCGUAGGCCUAAUCAUUAGAUUAGCCUUUGACUGUUUCUUCCAUCGAGGGAAGCUACCAACGAUUAUAGGAAUACUAUAUUGAUUCUAUUAGUGAAGCUAGCAACAUUUCUGUUUUUCAGCAAAGAUUCACGCCUUGAGUCACGAAGCUUCUAUUUCGGGGAAUAGCGAAGGUUUUAUAGGCUUGUUUGUUGUUGUUUGAACACUAUGUAACCGUAUAUUUGUUUAAGGGUUGUCAUGACAACUGAUCACGACAAAUGAUGCGACAAUGUAACAGAGAGGUUAAGCGUUAUGGGGGGUGGGUGUGUGGGUGGGGGCAUGUCCAGAUCUAGGAUAACAUCACGCCACUGAAUCGCAAACUAUUUCAUAUAGCAAUCAGCAGGUGUUUCUACAUAUUUUUUAAAAAGAGACACCCAGGAAUGUUUAUUUAUAUAUUCUUAUAGAAGACCCUUGCAACGUUUCAAAUAGAGAAAUUCGUAUAGAAGACUCCUUGCAACGUUUCAAAUAGAGAAAUUCGUAUAGAAGUCUCCUUGCAACGUUUAAAAUAGAGAAAUUCGUAAAGGAGACUCCUUGCAACGUUUAAAAUAGAGAAAUUCGUAAAGAAGACUCUUUGCAACGUUUCAAAUAGAGAAAUUCGUAUAGAAGACUCCUUGCAACGUUUAAAAUAGAGAAAUUCUUAUAGAAGACACAUUGCAACGUUUAAAAUAGAGAAAUUCGUAUAGAAGACACCUUGCAACGUUUAAAAUAUAGUAAUUCUUGUAGACGAUACCUAGCAACGAUUAUUGAUGCCUGUUGUAAGGCUGUUGUAUUUUCUUGAUCCACCACAGCGUAGAUGUGUUGUAUACGACAAGAGGCUGUACUGCGUUCUCGGUGAUAUACCUUCACUGCUGGACAUUAAUUUAGUCUAUUUCUCAACUGAGAUUCCUAAACGUGAAGGGGGCGUCGUUUUGGUGACGAGAUUUUCAUGAAAGGUCGAGGUUAUUACCCAGGUUCAAUUAGCGUUAAAAGGCGUGGAGUUAAACAAACUCCCCGAUCCAUCAGCGCCAUAUUUGAUUGUCGUGCACGCCACUUAAAUGAAUCGGUUCAUUUGCAUCGAUCAAAUAAAAAAACAAGCAAUACAAAAAUUACUUCACGAUCCUCAGUCGAUAACAAAUAUUGAGGUCACAUUUUAGUGUACAAUCACAGUUCAGUGUACAAUCACAGUUUAGUGCAAACAUCUCUCUCUGAACACGCAAGCUGCAACAGAUGUAUUGCGAUGUAUUGAACCAAAUUUCGUGGACUUUAUGACAACAUUUACAUUGUUCUUCUUCUUCUCUUCUUCAAGUCCCUUAGUCCUUGGACCGUUGGGGCGCCACAGAUGACAUGAAAACUAUCCUCCAUUCGUCUCUGUUUCUGCACUUCGCCCAGCAUCGCCUAGUUUUAGUCCCGUCCACCCUUUGAUGUUCUUCCUCUUCUUCUCCCUCCUCUCGUUGUGCCCUGUAUGAUUUCUUUAGCGAGCCCUUGUUUCCUUGUCACGUGGCCAUACCAUUCCAGUUUGCGCUUUUUUUUUACAGUCACCAGUAGGUCAUCAUACUGCCCUAUUGCUUGACGAAUCAUUUCUUUCACUUGUUUGUUAGAGAUAUAUUGCAUCUAUAGCAGAUUCCAAGAAUGCUUCUGAAACUCUCAUGUUCAUCGCCUAUAUUUUUCUUUCAAGUUCUGCUGUUAAUGUCCAGGACUCGCAGUCAUGCAAGAAAAUGGAGAGGACUAAUGAGCGCAUCAGCUUGAUUUUGGUGCUGGAGGCUAUAUUUUUGUCGUUCCUAAUUUUCUUGAGCCUCUUUAGUGCUUUUGUGGUCUGGGCAAUCCUGGAUGAUAAUGAUGAUAUUGUUCUUAGUAUUGUGCAAUCCCACAUUAUGUUCAUUAGGCGACACUUUUUUAUAAGAAAGGGUGGCUUUUUCGGCCAACUGCAGAGAUUACCUCGUGGAAAGGGGGGGGGGCGGCACUAACCUUAGCUACGCCACUGGUUAGUGGGAAUUGGCGAAUGGAAGGCUUAAGUCUCGUGAGUGUAUACCCUGACAUAAGCCUGGAACUCAUAUACCCGAGGCUUGUUACAUCCCACAUUAUGUUCAUUAGGCGACACUUUUUUAUAAGAAAGGGUGGCUUUUUCGGCCAACUGCAGAGAUUACCUCGUGGAAAGGGGGGGGGGGGGCGGCACUAACCUUAGCUACGCCACUGGUUAGUGGGAAUUGGCGAAUGGAAGGCUUAAGUCUCGUGAGUGUAUACCCUGACAUAAGCCUGGAACUCAUAUACCCGAGGCUUGAUACCAUUGUGUAUACCCUGACAUAAGCCUGGUACUCUUAGACCCGAGACUUGAUACCAUUUUGCAUACCCUGACAUAAGCCUGGUACUCACAGACCCGAGGCUUGAUACCAUUUUGUAUACCCUGACAUAAGCCUGGUACUCUUAGACCCGAGACUUCAUAACAAAGUUUAAGUCAGAUAUAGUGGGAUGGGUUGGAAGUUUGGUCGAACUUGAGAGGAGGCGGUCUUCAAGUUACUGAUGCCAAUUUCGGGAUAGAGUCGAAAUAAACAUGCUCUACCUUCUGAUGACCAAUAAAAAAAAGUAUUCACAAACAUAACAUUACUAGGGAUUUUGUUAAAAGCCUGUGCGUUCACCAAAUUUUGUUUAGCGUCCACCACCUAUCUCCCCCUCCCCCUUUUUGUUUUGAUAUUGACGACACCGAAUAAACGCGUGACGCUGUAGCAUUACCCACCCUUCUUUGAUUGGGAAAAGGUUGUUUACGUUCUAAUUUGUUCUAAAGAAUGCUAUCAAGCGAUGCCAUUUCUGGGGGGGGGGGGGGGUUUUAACUCCCUCAUUGUAAAUAAGCCGACAGCUUUCCCAGACGGGGGAGAUUUUUUUCUAGAUUCCUAGACGUUUAAAAAACUUAAUAUACUUACUUAUAGGAACCUUACAGGAAGUUACCCUUCUGUAUAUUAAUAAUUGUAUCUUUCGAGAAUAAUAUAAAUGUAAUAGUAUAAUCGUUUUUCUUUGUUUAUUAGUUUUCAGUCCUUUGUUAGGUAUUGUUCAUCUAACGAGCCUAAUCUCUAAAAAAUAUUAAACGUGCAAAACCAUAUAACGGUACGGUACUUAAGAAAUAGAAAGUUGGUAUGCUUUCCUUUUAUUUAUGAAUUAUUGUUGCUAGUUGAAUAAGUAGCAGCCCGUUUUUUAGAAAUGCAUACAGUUGGCCUUCUCUGUGGGGGGGGGGGAGAGAGAGAGAGAGAAAGAUUCACCCCCUCCCCUUUCCGAGCGUUCGUUUGAAAUGUGUUUGAACUAACGGUCAUCUUAUGGCUUGCUUCCCUAUUCACUCCACUCGUUGCCUGCUUGCUGCAUUACUCAUCCAAUGGGAGCUUUACAAAAUAUAUAAUGUUGAUACGUCUCGCAUUCUUUUUCCUCACAACUUGAUUCCCUCAUACACCUCUUUUGACAUUUUUUUUUUAAAACGCCAGUCCAAGCCCUCCCCUCUUUUAGUGCGUCUUCUGGUCUCUUGAAACAUAGCCUACCUUUCGGUUCAUUUUCCCCAUGUUCAUGUUGUGUGUGUGUGUGUGUGUGUGCUAGCGCUUAGGCAUGUGUGAACCUUUCAACGCCUUUUUAAAAAAAAAUGUAAUAAAAAAAGAAAAGGAAAAAAAAGUACUGUAUUCGGAAUGAGUUAAAACAGAGGAAGGUUUUCUUUAGAAAUGGGGUUUCUAGGGUAACUUUUGGGUCUCAAAUGAGGAUGUUAUACCCUAAAACGUUUUAGCGGACGGAUUGUCAUUUUCAACGUGAUACUUACAAAUGAAAGCAAUAUCCUCAUAGCUUUCAUAUCACAAUAAAUUUUCUUAGAGUAAACGGUGGCGGCAACAGUUCUCCAGGUGCCUCGCCCCCGCCCCCCCGCCCCCCCCCGUCCCCCCCCCCGUUGAUUUAAAAAUCCGUCAGUCUAUAAAACUUAGGUGCUGGGUGGCCGAGCGGUCUAAACUGUCUCAAACUAAAUAGCCGAGGACGGAUUGUCAUUUUCAACGUGAUACUUACAAAUGAAAGCAAUAUCCUCAUAGCUUUCAUAUCACAAUAAAUUUUAUUAGAGUAAACGGUGGCGGCAACAGUUCUCCAGGUGCCUCGCCCCCGCCCCCCCGCCCCCCCCCGUCCCCCCCCCGUUGAUUUAAAAAUCCGUCAGUCUAUAAAACUUAGGUGCUGGGUGGCCGAGCGGUCUAAACUGUCUCAAACUAAAUAGCCGUUGGUCCGGAGUUCAAUCCCCAUCAAAGCCAUCCCAAGCACCCCGGGUGGAUGGGACUCGCUAGCCUUGGACGGCAACCCAUCUAAGAGAAGGCUAACUCUGAAUUAAAACCAGGAGCCAGAAUGAUCAACAAAUUGAUCGUGGGCCCCUCAAAUAUAAGAAGAAGAAGAAGAAGAAGAAGAAGACUUGCUGCUAUUAGACUGAAUUGACCCCUUACAUGUAUAAUAUUUGGAUAAGAAUUACAUAUUAACUAUUAACCCUAAAGACCCUACAAUAUCUAUUGUAAUCUGUUGGCCAUUAAGAUUUCACAAUGCAAUUGCCAAUUCAAUUUAUUGCCGCGAGAUGUUAAGUGGAAAACAGUUGAGAACAUCUUGCGUGUGGAUUUACAGUUUUUAAAGCCCAUCUACUUUUUUUUUCUCUUUUGUGUGUGUGUUGCUUGAACCAAGUUGAGGUAUUGAGGUCAAGGCUAUAUCGGGAACGUUUAAUAACCAUACCGGUUCUGUUCAUCUACUGUUUUCACUCACACUAAGACUUGGGGGAACUACUGCCUAGCCUGUCAAUACUUUAUCUGGGGGAGGGGCUGCACUCUUUCUUGGUAUUGGAGGCAUCUGGUCAUUCUUCUUUCUACCAACUUAUAAAUCCCAAUGAUUUAUUGAUGGUGACGUAAGGCGCACAUUUAUUUGCUAUUCGGAUCAAGCUAAUGCUUCGACCAUCCCACUGUUUCGGCCACCGUUUUGACCAUGCCACUGCUUCCACCAAGCUACUGCUUCCACCAAGCUACUGUUUCCACCAACCUACUGUUUUGACCAAGCUACUGUUGCCACCAAGCUACUGUUUCCACCAUGCCACUGUUUCCACCAUGCCACUGCUUCCACCAAGCCACUGCUUCCACCAAGCCACUGCUUCCACCAAGCUACUGUUUCCACCAAGCUACUGUUUCCACCAAGGUACUGUUUCCACCAUGCUACUGUUUCCACCAUGCUACUGUUUCCACCAUGCUACUGUUUCUACCAAGCUACUGUUUCCACCAUGCCACUGCUUCCACCGCUUCCACCAAGCUACUGUUUCCACCAAGCUUCUGUUUCCACCAAGCUACUGUUUCGUAAAAUUCAGUGGCGUAACACGAACAGCUUUUAUUACAUCAUAUACUAUGUAGUAUACUAUAUUACCACCCACCAAGGAAAGCUGAGUAGUCGCAAAAUUCCCACUGCAACUAUCAGGCCGGGUGGACACUGAAAGCGUACUGAACUGAAUGGGCAAUGUCCAACCACAAAAUCAUUUCACAUGGUUGUAGAAAGUUUAUAAAUGACUCAUUAAACGAUCCCCACCACCAUCAUCCCAACUUUGAACAUAUGUGCCAGCGACGUCGCAGUGAUAAUACCUGCUCUUAUUCUUAGCCCGGUUCACGCAUUGAAAAGAUAAAGAGGGCAUAACUUCAACUAGUUUCCAAUUGUCGGAUUUUCUUGGAGAGCCGCCAUAAAGUAAAGGCCACAAGUCGAAUGUCUGAGUGGAUGGUAUUUUGACUCGUGUAAACAACAAACUGCAACCCCCCCCCCCCUUUUUUGUGGCACGGUGUUCGCGUUUGUUAGAUGGCAGUUCGGAGUUCAGACAAGGUAGCUAAAGACUUAAAGUGUAAAAUAUGAUAAUACUAGAAAUUGAUGGCUUCACAUUAACACUCUAAUAUGUCACCGUAACAAACGAUUAAACCACUGGGAAAAUGAAAUAAACCUUUACAACUUUACGUUAAUGUAACCCCAGCCACCAUGUUACGGUACAGAAUCUGGAACAAUAUAUCGAUCACCUGACGAUGUCAACUAGUCUCAUAAGCCAAAUAUUUCAAAUGAAAUAUUUUAAUCAUUCAUCGAAACCUGUGAUACUCAAACAACCGUCUCACUAAUGAUAAAGGUGAUACUCAAAACGGUCUCACUAAUAAUAAAGGUGAUACUCAAAACGGUCUCACUAACACUAAAGGGUAAAUGCGAUGUAAUAAACCCCUCUCACCUUCUCUAAAGAUGGUUCUACAAAACCAGUCCCUAAUACUAAAGAUGGUAUUACAAAACCAGUCCCUAAUACUAAAGAUGGUAUUACAAAACCAGUCCCUAAUACUAAAGAUGGUAUUACAAAACCAGUCCCUAAUACUAAAGAUGGUAUUACAAAACCAGUCCCUAAAACUAAAGAUGGUAUUACAAAACCAGUCCCUAAUACUAAAGAUGGUAUUACAAAACCCGUCUCUCUAGCACUCAAUGUGGUAUAUAAACACCCGUCCCAUUAACACUUAACUAGAAAUGACAUUAAGUAUAGAUACAACAAUACAAGUGAUAAUAACAUACACAAACACGCUCCUACCAGGCACAUUGAUUAUCCUAACGGCAGAAGGAACUUAAAUCCCGAGAUCUGAACUUCGUGAUCCUCACUGUGCCAACUGCAGCACACUGACUUGUAUCUGCCGGGCUCAACGGGAGGCGACCUCUAACAAAACAGGGCAAUUGCUUUCAGUUGACGCUGAGUGGCUGUCUCGAUUUGGAAAAUGACAGCAGUCAUUGGGUCUAACAAGGCUACCUCAACGGAAAUAGCCAAAUUUUGUUGACCAGCUUAGUUUUAAUAUUGCAGUCAUUAAUAGGCAAUACAAGAAUCAACUUGUCCAAUAUUGAAGCAACACAAAGAUAAAUUUUCAAAUCUUGAAAAGACAUUUAAUUUAAAUUGCCCAAUUAAGCUAGUUUGUUUGUAUACAUUGAUAUUUAUAAAAGAAGCUGGAGAAUAUACAUUUUACAGUGCUGGAUAUAUUGGCAUAUUGUUAGUUUUUGGUGUCACUGAUUGGAUAGUCUAUUUCCUAUAUUAUAUUGAAUGAAAAUUUUCCAAAUGCAGCAUCUCCUGGCGCUUAUGAAUUACAAAUUAUAAUUGGUUAUAUUACUGGACUUUGUAGUGUCAAGGGCAGUGGUGUAGCUAGGUUUUAUGCCGCCCAGGGCGGAACGAAAAUUUUGCCAGACCAUUCUACGAUCAAAACUCUGUAUUUGGCUGAAAAUUUCACUCCUCCAUAGACAUAAAUAGACCCCUUCCUACGCCACUGGUCAAGGGGUCUUUAAACUAACUUCACUAUAUGCAGUGUUUAAAAUGCAUUAGAUAAGUAUUUUUUAUAGUUUGAUAUUAUAUUGAACUAUUGCAUUUGCAGUAUUUUAUCAGAGCCUUGCGCUCACUUCCGUGUCCAUCCCCUCUUCGUUUUGUUUCUGUUUCACUCUGCACCUUUGCCUGCUCCCACAGGUGGGUGGAAGACUGAGGGCUAAAAAUAAACCAGAUUCCUGGAUUACUCACAUCGUUAAACAUCAACAAAUUUUAGCCUGCAAAAUGCAAGAGAAACGAACGCUUAUUACAGAUGGUUUCUGCUUUCUGAAUGGUCGGAUCCGGACACAUCCACUCCACCAUAUGAAAAUUGGGAUUUUAUCAUUACCACUAUUAUUUUCAGAAUGACUUUUAAAAGAAUAUCUCUACCAAAGCUUACUUAUUCCCCGUGACUGAAAUAAUUAAAUAUUUGAUCACAUGUGAACAUGGAAUAUAAACAUAACCUUUACAUUACAGAAUAUGUAACACUUAUUCAACCUUGUCAGAAAAUUUAUUGGAGAUUUCAGUUAAUCAAUCUCUCAUUAAAGGGAGAUAACUCGACUAAACUUUCCAAUUGCUCCUGCUCUGACCAAACGAAGUACCGUACUUGAAGUCUUAUUCUUUUAGAAUUAUUAGUAAUAAUUAAUAAUUAAGCCCCUAGCCUACCAAACAAGUAAAAUGUUUAAUGAUUUACAUUUCACCACGUCCUUUACGGUACAGUAGUCUUUAACUUUACUUGUUUGUACAAGUAAUGAAUUAGAAACAAAAACAGGUGAUCUCACUCAUGACGAUUGAAAUUGCCUACCAGUUACCAAUUAAAUGCACACACUUUAUAUUUAUCCCCAUAUUCAAAUGUCAAUACCAUUGACAGUCCCAAUAAAGUGUGAAAUAUGUCCAAGGCAAAAGGAGAAAGUUUACAAUACCUUAUAAUCACUGUGUAGCACAACGGUACGUGUCUUCAAAAUGUAGGCGUAGGCAUUUUGUUCGUGGUUGUUUAAUGUUUGUAUUGUUAUUAUCCUCUUUGGUCUUUGUGACGCAAGUUCGGCAUGUUUUUUCAAAAGUAUAGGGCGUCUAGGUUAAUCACACUCAUAAUCGACACAUGCAAUUAUUAGGGAUUGUAGCUCUGUUCGUUCUAAGCGUUGUUUCUAGUUAAUUAUAAUAAUUUUACAAUUUUUAUCAAAUUGAGAUUUGUAUUGCCCAUGUCUUUUCACUUUAUAUUAAAAUGCUGAGAGUGACCUCCCUUUUUGUUUCUGCGUGACUUCCUUUUAUACUCUCAUAUUAUUACAUACGACCCGACGAUAUUUCUAUUAAUAGAAUGAGUCGCUAAAAACUAAUUUUCAUAAUUUUAAGGCAGCAUUUCUAAGUUUACUAUUUUGUAAAUAUUUAAAAAUUUUGUAGUCGAAAAUUGUCAAGUUAUUUUUGUACAAUCGUUGUCAAUUUUUUUUUUUUACAUUUAUGGAAUUAAAAGCUUUGUGCCACUUUGUCGCAGUCCAACCCUCUUAUAAUAAGUGAAUUUAGUGUUAUUUAAUGAAAAUAAUGGUAACGGAUACACGAUAAAUUUAUUAAAGUUUCGUUUCUUUACUAAGAUUCACUGGCGAUGCAGGUAUUCUGUGUAUCCUACCUAAAGGCCGUGACAAGGAAAAGAUACGUCUGGGGCGAAGCCUGAAAAUACCCCCUCCCUGUUUCAACCAUUGAGAAUAUAUUUGAUAUAUACAUUAGAUAUAGACUAUUAUAUCAUCAUCCAUCCAUCCCUGUGGUGCUACAGGCCAUGUAGGGCUUUGUCCUGCCUCUCCACUUCCUUCCACUCAGACCUAACUAAUGAUUUUCUUUUCAAUGCUUGGAUUCCCAGCUGCUGUAGAUAUUUUUCAACAUCAUCCAGCCAUCUAAGCCUAGGUCUGCCUUUGUAGCCCGCCCCUUUUUUUUAUUUGUACCACUAGCGUGAGGUCUAUACCAUUCCAAGUUGCUUUCUUAUUCCUAAAAAUAGAACAGUUUAAUUGAAUAAAAUGAAAUUAAUCAUUAUAGCGUUGUGCUGUCACAUAUAAUGAGAAAUAAUAUAUGUGACUAAUAAUACAAAAAACAAAAAAAUCUUUAAAUGUAAAUAGAUAGAGAAAUAAAAAUAAUCAAAAAAAUCAAUUAAAAUUUUACAAAUUUGAUUUAAAUCAUUUUUAUUGGUCUGGUUUAAAUCAAUGAUUUAAAAGGAUGAUUUAAUUGGUAAAUUUAAAUUGUUUCAAGCCUGCCUAUAAUAUACAAAUAUAAUAAUGAAUAAAUAACAACUUUGGUGCCCUCUUGAGCCCCCACCUUCCUCCCCAGCAUGGUCCUGAUACUACAGAGAAAGUGUUUAGAAGUGGUCUUUGAAGGGGAGUUAAAAAUAAUUUAUUACACUAACAUAUAGUUUUACAAUAAGAUGAUGAUUUUUUUUGUCACUUCAAUGGUUUCUAUAUAAAUGAUAAUUGGUAUGUAUAUUUAAUUGCUUUAUAUUUCUCUUGUUACUUAGCCUUUGGUCAAAUUCAAAAGUCAUCUCUAUUUUGAAGAUAAGGACAAUGUCAGUGAAACAGAAAAGACUCUCAAACCAGCCAAAGGCAGCAAGGUAGGCGUACACAAAAUAACAUUCAGGUACAACAAAAAAAGCUGGAGAUUCAAUUAGAUCUAUACAUAUUUUUUAACAUUAAAAUGAUGGCUGAUUCUUUUGUCUUUUUAUGUAAAUUUACAAAUAAAAUAAAAGAUAUUAUUCACAGAUGAUGAUGUACAAGAAUGGCAAGUGUGCAGGUGUUGCAUUCAGUGACAUUUUCGAAGGCACAUACUACCCAGCUAUUUCUCUCUACAAGAACACAACUGUAAGUUGAAUGCUUUUUAUCAGUAAUGUACUGAUAAUAGAUUGAUUUGAAGAGAUUCACACACCAUUCUAACAAACCAAAAGAGAUUAUUAAGAGUUUUCAUUUCCAUCACCUACCUCAUCACAAUCACCUACCUUGCCACCAUCACCUACCUCGCCACUAUCACCUACCUCGCCACCAUCUACUUCUUCGCCACCAUAAAUCCUCACCAUCUUUUGUUGCCUCAAUACCAUCACAUACCUUGCCACCAUCUGCUAACUCAACACCAUGAGAUCAGCUUGAAUGAAGCCUUUUUUUUUGGCCGCAAACUUUAUAGUUUUCCCCACCCUAUAACGAAGCUGAUAGAACUGGUUUAUCUUCACAAUAAGUUAACUUAUAUUAUUUUCUUUCUUUCAGCUAACUGCAAAUUUUGGCCCAAAGUUCAAAUAUCCUCCUAAAGGUGUUGAAUUCAAAGCUGUAAGUUUUUUCUGUCUUAUUACUAAGUUAUUAUAAGCAUAUGAAAGUUAUAUAUUUUUUUUAUUAAAGUAUGCUAACUCAGGCCUGUUUACUCUUACAAUUUUGGCGUUCAAUGUACGAUUUUGAGGUGUAUACAUUAUAUAUACUCUAUGUUUAUUUUGUUACUAUUAAGAUAAUUGUAUUGAAUGAUUCAUUAUAUUGUACGAUUUUAAGAGUUUGAGGGUAAACAGGUCUGCUAACUAUAGCUAUAAAAAUGUUACAGCAUUUUCUAAAACCUUCUUAAAAUAGUUAAAUCUUGAUAAAUUUAUGUAAAUGUAUUGUGAAGUUUCAAAAUAUGAGCACAAUAAAAUAUGGGUCUGGGGGAUCUAUGGAAUAUUAUCCUAGAGGUGUAAUCUAAAAGUUUUUUGACCACUUGGGCUGAUCUAAGAUUCUGACAUAUGUAGUUUAUGGGGAAUUUGAAGAGGUAACUAAAAUAAUGGAUAUUUAUAGUUGCAUGCCUGAAGUUUAUGCUCUAGAAUUAUUCAGCCAUCUUUUACUUUACUGUUUCGUCUAAAAUAGUUAUUUGCCAAGACUAUUUUUCUAAAAUAGUUAUUUGCCAAGAUUAUUUUUUAAUUAAUCCCUUCCCAAGUUGGCUGUUUUCUUCUUUUAAAUUUUUUUUUUUUUUUACAUCCUCCAUAUAACAUUGUUAACUCACCAACUAUUAAUAUUACCUGUUGCUGAGGACAACCACAAGUAUUGUUUUGUCCCCCAAUGUCCUUUUAAUAUAUUUGUUGUUUCAUCCUCUACAUAUUUAUCACAUUUUUAUAAAUUAUUUAAAUUAAUAUGUUCAAUAUCUUCUCAGAUGUCUACUGCAGCAGAACAAGCUCAUGUGGAGUAUGCACUAGCUGAUUUAGUCUACCAUGUGGAAAAUGAGAAUAACAUCCCUGAUUUCUCUUAAAAUGGUCAUUGACUUAUAAAUUUUAAUAAAAUAAAGAUUAAAACUCA